GCAAGAUCUGUCCUGCUGUUUGAUGUGUGCCUUUUGUCCCAGCCUGCUGAAUGCACGGUAAGUACCUCUCAGACUGGGUCACUGGCUGUAGAAUGCUCCCCAGGGUUCCCUUAAGCUCCCAAACCUGUAUCCUGCAUGGAUCAGCCAGAACUGGGGUGAUUCCAGAAAAUUGCUAAAUAGGGGACCCCAGAACUCCCUCUGUUAUAUUAAUAUGGACACUGUGAGACUGUAAUUAAAUUGGAAAUUGUAUUUUAAUGUAGUUUAUUUACAUUGAAAUUAAAUAUUAUUUUAUGUUAAAAUAAACUGCAAUAUAGAUGAAUCCCCAGUCUAAAAGGAAUAGCUAUCGGAGUAGAUAUCAAUAAAUAAAUUCUGAUUAUUAUAAAAGUUUGCCAAUAAAAUUAAGACAAGUGGGUAAUGGUAAAAAUUUGAUAUGUAUGUAAGCAACUAAAUUAUUUAAAUUUCACCUGUAACUUCAUCUAAAUGAUGAAGGGCUCGCUCUGUUUAUACACUAUAUAAAUCCAUAGAUAGAUAGAAGCAGGGCUCGCUCUGUUUAUACACUAUAUAAAUCCAUAGAUGGAUAGAAGCAGGGUUCGCUCUGUUUAUACACUAUAUAAAUCCAUAGAUAGAUAGAAGCAGGGCUCGCUCUGUUUAUACACUAUAUAAAUCCAUAGACAAAAGCAGGACUCGCUCUGUUUAUACACUAUAUAAAUCCAUAGAUAGAUAGAAGCAGGGCUUCCUCUGUUUAUACACUAUAUAAAUCCAUAGAUAGAAGCAGGGCUCGCUCUGUUUAUACACUAUAUAAAUCCAUAGAUAGAAGCAGGGCUCCCUCUGUUUAUACACUAUAUAAAUCCAUAGAUAGAAGCAGGGCUCCCUCUGUUUAUACACUAUAUAAAUCCAUAGAUAGAAGCAGGGCUCCCUCUGUUUAUACACUAUAUAAAUCCAUAGAUAGAAGCAGGGCUCGCUCUGUUUAUACACUAUAUAAAUCCAUAGAUGGAUAGAACCAGGGCUCGCUCUGUUUAUACACUAUAUAAAUCCAUAGAUAGAUAGAAGCAGGGCUCGCUCUGUUUAUACACUAUAUAAAUCCAUAGAUAGAUAGAAGCAGGGCUCGCUCUGUUUAUACACUAUAUAAAUCCAUAGAUAGAAGCAGGGCUCGCUCUGUUUAUACACUAUAUAAAUCCAUAGAUAGAAGCUGGGCUCGCUCUGUUUAUACACUAUAUAAAUACAUAGAUAGAAGCAGGGCUCGCUCUGUUUAUACACUAUAUAAAUACAUAGAUAGAUAGAAGCAGGGCACGAUCUGUUUAUACACUAUAUAAAUCCAUAGAUAGAAGCAGGGCUCGCUCUGUUUAUACACUAUAUAAAUCCAUAGAUAGAAGCUGGGCUCGCUCUGUUUAUACACUAUAUAAAUCCAUAGAUAGAUAGAAGCAGGGAUCGCUCUGUUUAUACACUAUAUAAAUCCAUAGAUAGAUAGAAGCAGGGCUCGCUCUGUUUAUACACUAUAUAAAUCCAUAGAUAGAAGCAGGGUUCGCUCUGUUUAUACACUAUAUAAAUCCAUAGAAAGAAGCAGGGCUUGCUCUGUUUAUACACUAUAUAAAUCCAUAGAUAGAUAGAAGCAGGGCUCGCUCUGUUUAUACACUAUAUAAAUCCAUAGAUAGAUAGAAGCAGGGCUCGCUCUGUUUAUACACUAUAUAAAUCCAUAGAUAGAUAGAAGCAGGGCUCGCUCUGUUUAAACACUAUAUAAAUCCAUAGAUAGAUAGAAGCAGGGCUCGCUCUGUUUAUACACUAUAUAAAUCCAUAGUUAGAUAGAAGCAGGGCUCGCUCUGUUUAUACACUAUAUAAAUCCAUAGUUAGAUAGAAGCAGGACUCGCUCUGUUUAUACACUAUAUAAAUCCAUAGAUAGAUAGAAGCAGGGCUCGCUCUGUUUAUACACUAUAUAAAUCCAUAGAUAGAUAGAAGCAGGGCUCGCUCUGUUUAUACACUAUAUAAAUCCAUAGAUAGACAGAAGCAGGGCUCGCUCUGUUUAUACACUAUAUAAAUCCAUAGAUAGAUAGAAGCAGGGCUCGCUAUGUUUAUACACUAUAUAAAUCCAUAGAUAGAUAGCUGGGCUUGCUCUGUUUAUACACUAUAUAAAUCCAUAGAUAGAAGCAGGGCUCACUCUGUUUAUACACUAUAUAAAUCCAUAGAUAGAUAGAUAGAAGCAGGGCUCACUCUGUUUAUACACUAUAUAAAUCCAUAGAUAGAAGCAGGGCUCGCUCUGUUUAUACACUAUAUAAAUCAAUGGAUAGAUAGAAGCAGGGCUCGCUCUGUUUAUACACUAUAUAAAUCCAUAGAUAGAUAGAAGCAGGGCUCGCUCUGUUUAUACACUAUAUAAAUCCAUAGAUAGAUAGAAGCAGGACUCGCUCUGUUUAUACGCUAUAUAAAUCCAUAGAUAGAUAGAAACAGGGCUCGCUCUGUUUAUACACUAUAUAAAUCCAUAGAUAGAUAGAAGCAGGGCUCGCUCUGUUUAUACACUAUAUAAAUCCAUAGAUAGAAGCAGGACUCGCUCUGUUUAUACACUAUAUAAAUCCAUAGAUCGAUAGAAGCAGGGCUCGCACUGUUUAUACACUAUAUAAAUCCAUAGAUAGAAGCAGGGCUCGCUCUGUUUAUACACUAUAUAAAUCCAUAGAUAGAAGCAGGACUCGCUCUGUUUAUAUACUAUAUAAAUCCAUAGAUAGAUAGAAGCAGGGCUCGCUCUGUUUAUACACUAUAUAAAUCCAUAGAUAGAAGCAGAGCUCGCUCUGUUUAUACACUAUAUAAAUCCAUAGAUAGAUAGAAGCAGGGAUCGCUCUGUUUAUACACUAUAUAAAUCCAUAGAUAGAUAGAAGCAGGGCUCGCUCUGUUUAUACACUAUAAAAAUCCAUAGAUAGAAGUAGGGCUCACUCUGUUUAUAUACUAUAUAAAUCCAUAGAUAGAUAGAAGCAGGGCUCACUCUGUUUAUACACUAUAUAAAUCCAUAGAUAGAUAGAAGCAGGGCUCGCUCUGUUUAUACACUAUAUAAAUCCAUAGAUAGAUAGAAGCAGGGCUCGCUCUGUUUAUACACUAUAUAAAUCCAUAGAUAGAUAGAAGCAGGGCUCGCUCUGUUUAUACACUAUAUAAAUCCAUAGAUAGAAGCAGGACUGGCUCUGUUUAUACACUAUAUAUAAAUCCAUAGCUAAGCAGAAUUUGCGCUCUGUUUAUACACUAUAUAAAUCCAUAGAUGGAAAUAGAAGCAGGGCUACUGUUUUAUACACUAUAUAAAUCCAUAGAAAGAUAGAAGCAGGGCUCGCUCUGUUUAUACACUAUAUAAAUCAAUAGAUGGAUAGAAGCAGGGCUUGCUCUAUUUAUACACUAUAUAAAUCCAUAGAUAGAUAGAAGCAGGGCUCGCUCUGUUUAUACACUAUAUAAAUCCAUAGAUAGAUAGAAGCAGGGCUCGCUCUGUUUAUACACUAUAUAAAUCCAUAGAUAGAUAGAAGCAGGGCUCGCUCUGUUUAUACACUAUAUAAAUCCAUAAAUAGAUAGAAGCAGGGCUCGCUCUGUUUAUACACUAUAUAAAUCCAUAGAUAGAUAGAAGCAGGGCUCGCUCUGUUUAUACACUAUAUAAAUCCAUGAAUAGAUAGAAGCAGGGCUCGCUCUGUUUAUACACUAUAUAAAUCCAUAGAUAGAAGCAGGGCUCGCACUGUUUAUACACUAUAUAAAUCCAUAGAUAGAAGCAGGACUCGCUCUGUUUAUACACUAUAUAAAUCCAUAGAUAGAUAGAAGCAGGACUCGCUCUGUUUAUACACUAUAUAAAUCCAUAGAUAGAUAGAAGCAGGGCUCGCUCUGUUUAUACACUAUAUAAAUCCAUAGAUGGAUAGAAGCAGGACUCGCUCUGUUUAUACACUAUAUAAAUCCAUAGAUAUAUAGAAGCAGGGCUUGCUCGGUUUAUACACUAUAUAAAUCCAUAGAUAGAUAGAAGCAGGGCUCGCUCUGUUUACACACUAUAUAAAUCCAUAGUUAGAUAGAAGCAGGGCUCGCUCUGUUUAUACACUAUAUAAAUCCAUAGAUAGAAGCAGGACUCGCUCUGUUUAUACACUAUAUAAAUCCAUAGAUAGAAGCAGGGCUCGCUCAGUUUAUACACUAUAUAAAUCCAUAGAUAGAAGCAGGGCUCGCUCUGUUUAUACACUAUAUAAAUCCAUAGAUAGAAGCAGGGUUCACUCUGUUUAUACACUAUAUAAAUCCGUAGAUAGAAGCAGGACUCGCUCUGUUUAUGCACUAUAUAAAUCCAUAGAUAGAUAGAAGCAGGGCUCGCGCUGUUUAUACACUAUAUAAAUCCAUAGAUAGAUAGAAGCAGGGCACGCUCUGUUUAUACACUAUAUAAAUCCAUAGAUAGACAGAAGCAGGGCUCGCUCUGUUUAUACACUAUAUAAAUCCAUAGAUAGAAGCAGGACUCGCUCUGUUUAUGCACUAUAUAAAUCCAUAGAUAGAAGCAGGGCUCGCUCUGUUUAUACACUAUAUAAAUCCAUAGAUGGAUAGAAGCAGGGCUCGCUCUGUUUAUACACCAUAUAAAUCCAUAGAUAGAUAGAAGCAGGACUCGCUCUGUUUAUACAUUAUAUAAAUCCAUAGAUAUAUAGAAGCAGGGCUCGCUCUGUUUUAUAUACUAUAUAAAUCCAUAGAUGGAUAGAAGCAGGACUUCGCUCUGUUUGCCACUAUAUAUAAAUCCAUAGAUAGAUGGCUUAAGGGCUGCGCUCUGUUUAUACACUAUAUAAAUCAUAGAUAGAUGAAGCAGGGCACAAACUCUGUUUUAUACACUAUAUAAAUCAUAGAUAGAUAGAAGCAGGACUAAACAUGUUUUAUACACUAUAUAAAUCCAGAAUAGAUAGAAGCAGGACUGCUCUUUUUAUACACUAUAUAAAUCGAUAGAUAGAUAGAAGCAGGGCUCGCUCUGUUUAUACACUAUAUAAAUCCAUAGAUAGAUAGAAGCAGGGCUCGCUCUGUUUAUACACUAUAUAAAUCCAUAGAUAGAUAGAAGCAGGGCUCGCUCUGUUUAUACACUAAAUCCAUAGAUAGAUAGAAGCAGGGCUUGCUCUGUUUACACACUAUAUGAAUCCAUAGAUGGAUAGAAGCAGGGCUCGCUCUGUUUAUACACUUUAUAAAUCCAUAGAUAGAUGGGAGAAUGUUUUACACACUAUAUGAAUCCAUAGAUGGAUAGAAGCAGGGCUCGCUCUGUUUAUACACUUUAUAAAUCCAUAGAUAGAUAGAAGCAGGGCUCGCUCUGUUUAUACACUAUAUAAAUCCAUAGAUAGAUAGAAGCAGGGCUUGCUCUGUUUAUACACUGUAUAAAUCCAUAGAUAGUUAGAAGCAGGGCUCGCUCUGUUUAUACACUAUAUAAAUCCAUAGAUAGAAUAAAGCAGAGACGCUCUGUUUAUACUCUCGUAUAGCGAUAAGCAGGGCUGCUCUGUUUAUACACUAUAUAAAUCCAUAGAUAGAUAGAAGCAGGGCUCGCUCUGUUUAUACACUAUAUAAAUCCAUAGAUAGAUAGAAGCAGGGCUGGCUCUGUUUAUACACUAUAUAAAUCCAUAGAUAGAAGCAGGCUCGCUCUGUUUAUACACUAUAUAAAUCCAUAGAUAGAUAGAAGCAGGGCUCGCUCUGUUUAUACACUAUAUAAAUCCAUAGAUGGAUAGAAGCAGGACUCGCUCUGUUUAUACACUAUAUAAAUCCAUAGAUAUAUAGAAGCAGGGCUUGCUCGGUUUAUACACUAUAUAAAUCCAUAGAUAGAUAGAAGCAGGGCUCGCUCUGUUUACACACUAUAUAAAUCCAUAGUUAGAUAGAAGCAGGGCUCGCUCUGUUUAUACACUAUAUAAAUCCAUAGAUAGAAGCAGGACUCGCUCUGUUUAUACACUAUAUAAAUCCAUAGAUAGAAGCAGGGCUCGCUCAGUUUAUACACUAUAUAAAUCCAUAGAUAGAAGCAGGGCUCGCUCUGUUUAUACACUAUAUAAAUCCAUAGAUAGAAGCAGGGUUCACUCUGUUUAUACACUAUAUAAAUCCGUAGAUAGAAGCAGGACUCGCUCUGUUUAUGCACUAUAUAAAUCCAUAGAUAGAUAGAAGCAGGGCUCGCGCUGUUUAUACACUAUAUAAAUCCAUAGAUAGAUAGAAGCAGGGCACGCUCUGUUUAUACACUAUAUAAAUCCAUAGAUAGACAGAAGCAGGGCUCGCUCUGUUUAUACACUAUAUAAAUCCAUAGAUAGAAGCAGGACUCGCUCUGUUUAUGCACUAUAUAAAUCCAUAGAUAGAAGCAGGGCUCGCUCUGUUUAUACACUAUAUAAAUCCAUAGAUGGAUAGAAGCAGGACUCGCUCUGUUUAUACACUAUAUAAAUCCAUAGAUAGAUAGAAGCAGGGCACGCUCUGUUUAUACAUUAUAUAAAUCCAUAGAUAGAAGCAGGGCUCGCUCUGUUUAUACACUAUAUAAAUCCAUAGAUGGAUAGAAGCAGGACUCGCUCUGUUUAUACACUAUAUAAAUCCAUAGAUAGAUAGAAGCAGGGCUCGCUCUGUUUAUACACUAUAUAAAUCCAUAGAUAGAUAGAAGCAGGGCUCGCUCUGUUUAUACACUAUAUAAAUCCAUAGAUAGAUAGAAGCAGGACUCGCUCUGUUUAUACACUAUAUAAAUCCAUAGAUAGAAGCAGGGCUCGCUCUGUUUAUACACUAUAUAAAUCCAUAGAUAGAUAGAAGCAGGGCUCGCUCUGUUUAUACACUAUAUAAAUCCAUAGAUAGAAGCAGGACUCCCUCUGUUUAUACACUAUAUAAAUCCAUAGCUAGAAGCAGGGCUUGCUCUCUUUAUACACUAUAUAAAUCCAUAGAUAGAUAGGAGGGCUCGCUCUGUUUAUACACUAUAUAAAUCCAUAGAUAGAUAGGAGGGCUCGCUCUGUUUAUACACUAUAUAAAUCCAUAGAUAGAUAGAAGCAGGGCUCGCUCUGUUUAUACACUAUAUAAAGCCAUAUAGAUAGAUAGAAGCAGGGCUCGCUCUGUUUAUACACUAUAUAAAUCCAUAGAUAGAUAGAAGCAGGGCUCGCUCUGUUUAUACACUAUAUAAAUCCAUAGAUAGAUAGAAGCAGGGCUCGCUCUGUUUAUACACUAUAUAAAUCCAUAGAUAGAUAGAAGGGCAGGGCUGCUCUGUUUAUACACUAUAUAAAUCCAUAGAUAGAUAGAAGCAGGGCUCGCUCUGUUUAUACACUAUAUAAAUCCAUAGAUAGAAGCAGGGCUCGCUCUGUUUAUACACUAUAUAAAUCCAUAGAUAGAUAGAAGCAGGGCUCGCUCUGUUUAUACACUAUAUAAAUCCAUAGAUAGAUAGAAGCAGGCUCGCUCUGUUUAUACACUAUAUAAAUCCAUAGAUAGAUAGAAGCAGGGCUCGCUCUGUUUAUACACUAUAUAAAUCCAUAGAUAGAUAGAAGCAUGGGCUCUGUUUAUACACUAUAUAAAUCCAUAGAUAGAAGCAGGGCUCGCUCUGUUUAUACACUAUAUAAAUCCAUAGAUAGAUAGAAGCAGGGCUUGCUCUGUUUAUACACUAUAUAAAUCCAUAGAUAGAUAGAAGAGGGCUCACUCUGUUUAUACACUAUAUAAAUCCAUAGAUAGAUAGAUAGAAGCAGGGCUCGCUCUGUUUAUACACUAUAUAAAUCCAUAGAUAGAAGCAGGGCUCGCUCUGUUUAUACACUAUAUAAAAUCCAUAGAUAGAAGCAGGGCUCGCUCUGUUUAUACACUAUAUAAAUCCAUAGAUAGAAGCAGGGCUCGCUCUGUUUAUACACUAUAUAAAUCCAUAGAUAGAUAGAAGCAGGGCUCGCUCUGUUUAUACACUAUAUAAAUCCAAAGAUAGAUAGGAGGGCUCGCUCUGUUUAUACACUAUAUAAAUCCAUAGAUAGAUAGAAGGAGGGCUCGCUCUGUUUAUACACUAUAUAAAUCCAUAGAUAGAUAGAAGCAGGGCUCGCUCUGUUUAUACACUAUAUAAAUCCAUAGAUAGAUAGAAGCAGGGCUCGCUCUGUUUAUACACUAUAUAAAUCCAUAGAUAGAUAGAUACAGGGCUCGCUCUGUUUAUACACUAUAUAAAUCCAUAGAUAGAUAGAAGCAGGGCUGGCUCUGUUUAUACACUAUAUAAAUCCAUAGAUAGAAGCAGGGCUCGCUCUGUUUAUACACUAUAUAAAUCCAUAGAUAGAAGCAGGGCUCGCUCUGUUUAUACACUAUAUAAACAUACAAAAUGUAACAUGCGGAGAGACACUUAAUAUAAUUACUACCACAAUUAAGGGUGCUAUUCCAACAAGGUACUCCCUCCAAUACCAAUAAACAAAUACUCAAAAAGAAAGGAAUGCACACCAACUGAUACAAUAGUAUCUAUCUAAAUAUAUUUAUUAUAAUACAAUGCAAAUAUUACAUACAAAAAAUGUAACAAUCUAAUAGUGACCAAAUAGGCAAAAAAAGAGCUAAACCAUAUAAUUACCAAAUCUCACAAGCCUAUAUUGGCAGAAACACGAGUCACAAACAGUCCCCCAACGUUUCGGCUCCUCCUGGUAGCCUUUAUCAAGGGUAGCUAUAUCAUAGCAUCAUCCAGGAACCCAUUAUAUACACAUAUACAAAUUACCAAUUACUUACAGCUGAUGGCCAUCAGUGAUAUCACAAAGAGCCAAGACCGGAAGUGACAUCAUCACUUCAGAUCAUAGCCCUGUAUAAAGAAUUAAAUAACAGCACAUACAUAAUUAUUAUACAUUCCCAAUAUUAUUCCCAAACUGACAACAUCAUUGAUCGAAAAUAUCCCACCACUGUACAAUCCACAAACAUUCUCGCCAGUCUAAAAGAAACGCGCAUGCGCAAUACAAACAUAAACAAUCACCACAUCAUCCACCGGCACCACAAGCAUACCGACAUCAAUACACUCCACAUAACCCCAACAAGAUACCAAGCACAAAAGCACUAUAUAAACAAUAACAAAAACGCACAUUCACCUUAUUGUACUCGGCCAAUUAUACCGGAGCUCCCCUCCUACGGAAGCCUCCGAGAUCCACAUCUGAUAGAAAGUCGCAUUGAAAGAGCGCCGCGCCGCUCGCGCAUGCGCAUCCCCCAAAUUAAAGGAAUGUAUGCAAAUUAUCAAUACACUGACCAGCUCUCUUAAAGGAAAAGUAUCAUGAGCGUAAGAAUUACUUCCAAUAUAACAUAAUAAGUGUGUAAAUGGUCCUGUAUUUUGGUGGAGGUAUUUUUCACUGUUAUAGAUAUUAUUUAUUUUUUCUGCUAUACUACAGGACCAUUUACACACUUAUUAUGUUUAUACAGUAUAUAAAUCCAUAGAUAGAUAGGAGGGCUCGCUCUGUUUAUACACUAUAUAAAUCCAUAGCUAGAAGCAGGGCACGCUCUGUUUAUACACUAUAUAAAUCCGUAGAUAGAAGCAGGGCUUUCUCUGUUUAUACACUAUAUAAAUCCAUAGAUAGAUAGAAGCAGGGCUCGCCCUGUUUAUACACUAUAUAAAUCCAUAGAUAGAUAGAAGCAGGGCUCGCUCUGUUUAUACACUCUAUUAUUAUUAUUAUUGCCAUUUAUAUCGCGCCAACAGAUUCCGUUGCGCUUUACAAUAUUAUGAGGGGGGAUGUAAUUAUAAAUAGGACAAUAACAUAUAUAACAUAUUUAAAUCCAUAGAUAGAAGCAGGGCUCGCUCUGUUUAUACACUAUAUAAAUCUAUAGAUAGAAGCAGGGCUCACUCUGUUUAUACACUAUAUAAAUCCAUAGAUAGAUAGAAGCAGGGCUCGCUCUGUUUAUACACUAUAUAAGUCCAUAGAAGCAGGGCUCGCUCUGUUUAUACACUAUAUAAAUCCAUAGAUGUGUUGGUCCAUUCCACUGUGCUCUCUCGCCUUGACUACUGUAAUCCACUUCUCAGUGGUCUUACGUGCUCCCAACUUGCUCCGCUACAGUCCAUAAUGAAUGCGGCGGCGAGGCUCAUCUUCCUGUCCGCCCGCACCUCCCAUGCCUCACCCCUCUGUCAGUCCCUACAUUGGCUUCCUAUAAAAUAUAGAGCUCAAUUUAAAAUUCUGGUUCUUGCUUUCAAAUCUCUACAUAAUGCUGCUCCCACCUAUCUAUCCUCUCCUAUACACAAGUAUGUCCCGUCUAGGCCCUUACGAUCUGCUGAAGACUUAUGUCUAUCUUCUGUCCGUACUCCCACCUCUGAUGCUCGCCUUCAAGACUUUUCCAGGGCUGCACCGUUCCUGUGGAACUUGCUUCCCUCCUCCGUUAGAUGCUCACCCAGUCUCCACUCCUUCAAAAAAAUCUUUAAAAACCCACUUCUUCAUAAAAGCGUAUCAAUUAAACUGUUAAUGGCUCCUGAUUGAUUCCUCUUCUGCAACUGUCACAUUAGAGAUUCUACUUUUUAGCUGAAUACAAGAGGGGAAUUGUUAGUGUAGGACUCGUCUAAGAGGUUUGUCUUGACGUGGCAGGUGAGCUUACGCUUUAUUGGCCAUUGGAGUGAAACUAAAACACCUCCAGUUAUGUAAACGUUGAUAGGGAUUUGGAAUCGUGCACAAGUAACUAUUUUUCCUUGAGGUAAACCUUUUGGUUGCCAGAUCUGUUUUUCAUUCAUGCAUUGUCUUUUGUGGUUAUAUGUGUGUGGGAGUAGGUACAUAUUACGGUACAACAGGGGUGCCCAAAAGGUAGAUCCCAGAUGUUCUAAAACUACAACUUCCAUGAUGCUUUGUCAUUCUAAAGGCAUUCCAAAGGCACACACAGCAUCUGGGCAUCUACCUUUUCGGCACUUCUGCUGUCUAACAAUCGUAUCUCAGAAUUUUAAACGAAAGCAGCAGAGCUGGGAAAUGAUUUGAGCUUGCUGUAUAUCUACGUGUUCUGUCUCCCUACAGUUAAUACGGUGUUAACAUUGAUAUAUUUAGAAAGUAAAGAUGAGCUGUAAUGAUAGCCCAGUCCAGCCUGCUUCCAGUCCCAUCGCAAUGGUUAUUGUGUUUUAUCUUCUGCUUGCAGGUUUUUGUUUUCUGCCUUUAAAGAAGGUCAUUCUAGACUUCUUCAACCUUUUCAUUAAUUGUCACCUGUGCACGACCCAUGCUGUCAAUCAUCGGUCCUUGUACUUUGCUCUGACAUGGUGUUGUACUUUUAAGUCAUGGCUCAUGCCUGUGAGCACCCAACAGUCACUAGAUCCCAUCAAGUUUUUGUGUGUUGUGAUACCGCAAGCGACAUGGAGGUUAACCCUUUCUCUGAGCUCUAUGCUGCCAUGAAACGCCUUGUAUGUACUAAUUCGGAAUGGCCGGCUGUUAGAAUGAAGGAAACAGAUUGUGGGGAAUUGAUCGUACAAUGUGGGGAUACUGUAGUAAAGUGAAAUUAUAGCUGCCUCCCCCCCCCCCCGGUGCUGCCCACCCCUUCGUAACUUACCUGACUCCAGCUGCGAUGUCCCUCUGUGCUGGUUCAGGCUCCACCUCUGCUUCUUUUCCGCUGACAGGGAUAACCUAAUUCACAUAAGUACUCGCUGCGUUUUGGGUGACACAGGAUACAGAGCACGAGGAUGUCCAGCGUCCAUUAUGCAACCAAAAGUUCCCUAACCACACGGAAGCCCUUCUAGAGAUGGAGUUAACCCUUUUGGGUAAUUUUUGCAGUUUAUUUGUUAAUUGUUCAUUACAAUUGCAGGGUUAGGGGUCCUGGGACACUGCACCCAGACCACAUCAAUGAGCUGAAGUGGUUUGAGUGCCUAAAGAGCUAGCAUUGGCUGUGUGUGCAGUGCUGGCUGGGUAGGUCUUGCUGUGCUAGCGUUGGCCAAGUGUGCAGUGCCGGCUGGGUCUGCUGCACUGGCGUUAGGUGGAUGUGCUCUGUUUACUGUGUGUGCCGUACUAGUGAUGGCUAGUGGCAAUGCCAGCUGGAUGUUCCACACUGGCUGGAUGUACCACACUGGCAGCUGAGUGGGCAGUGCCAGCAGUAUGUACCACACUGGCUGCAUUACUACACAUUGGGCUUAUUUGAAGACAGGUGUUUUAUGGGUUAAUAACAAAUCUGAUUAUUGAGACUGGUUUGGAAUGGUUGGCUGUGUGAUGGGUUGGCUGUGUGAUGGGUUGGAAGGGUUGGCUGUGUGAUGGGUUGGAAGAGUUGGCUGUGUGAUGGGUUGGAAGAGUUGGCCGUGUGAUGGGUUGGAAGGGUUGGCCGUGUGAUGGGUUGGAAGGGUUGGCCGUAUGACGGGUUGGAAGGGUUGGCCGUAUGACGGGUUGGCUGUAUGAUGGGUUGGCUGUAUGAUGGGUUGGAAGGGUUGGCCGUAUGACGGGUUGGCUGUAUGAUGGGUUGGAAGGGUUGGCCGUAUGACGGGUUGGAAGGGUUGGCCGUAUGACGGGUUGGCCGUAUGAUGGGUUGGAAGGGUUGGCCGUAUGAUGGGUUGGAAAAGUUGGCUGUAUGAUGGAUAGCAGGCCUAUUUGUCGGUCAGACACUUGCUGAUUUCCCACAUAAUGGGAGGUGACCUUACGUCGUUGCGGUUAAGUUAGGGGCCUUCCUUUGUGUUAACAUUAUGCCAGGUGUUAUCUUUCUAUAACAGGAUAAAUGAGCUGUGACAAGAACACUUCAGCACUUCAGUAAGCUCCUGGAAUCUCUUCUCAUUGUCACUGCGACAUGAAUACUGUGUGUGUGUAGGGACAUCAUGCAAGUUAACUUUUUGAGAGCUCAUCCCCAUAACCCUCUAAAAACCAGGGAUAUGUGCAGUUUAAUCUUAGUUUCUGUGCUUUGGCACUUGGGGGUAAAUACUUUGUAGCCCUCCAAGAUUACUUCUUGUGUUCACAGUUUUCCCCUAGUUUGAGUACAAUAACAGAAUCAGAAUGUUUUUGUUUUUUUUCAUAUAACUUUAAUUAACGCGUGGCAGCUAAUUGUGUGUGGUGGGGUAUGUCGUGUUUUACCUCACACACUUACACUGUGUACAUAAUCACAGCCAGCCUUUGUGCCAAUUCAGCCAAAAUAAAUGCUGAUUUGGAGGAAUUCUCCAUCUUGGUGGAGUCACCUUGACCAUGUGAACCUCAUUUUUCAAUUCAGUUUUUUUAAAUAAACCCUAAAUCGCUGAAUUUGCCUAUAAUGUUUAUCCUCCAGCCCUGCUUCCUGGGAGCAAUGCUUCCCCUUUAAGUGAUUACAUAACAGGGUUCCUCUGGAAUCUCUGCAGGAAUGUUAAUCCCUCUGCAGUGUUUGGGUGAGACGCAUGGCAGUCUCUUGUUAUGGUGGCAAACUGCCAUGGGACGCACAGGAACUUGUCUCCUACCUGUUGAGCACUCAGAGAUUGCGUGACGCCAGACAAACACUCUGCUUUGGAGAAUACUACUUAAAUAUCAAUAUUUGCUCUGACGGCUGCUGUGGCUGUAAAAGUAAUCACUUGUAAUAAAGGGGGCGUUCGUGGGUUAAUGACGAGAAGGCUUGGUAUCAUAUCACAGCUAUAGCCGAAUGCAUGUCCUCUUAUUUCUGACCCAUUUAUGGGAAUGUGAGCGUCUAAAGCUUGCAGUACAUGGGUAUCUACUGCUUAAUCAAUGAAACCUGCAAUCUUAAAAUGGAACAGAUUUUAAUAUUAAUUUUUUUAUAAAUAUCUAUUUAUUAUCACUAUAUUUGACAAAUAUGUGGGAUCUGAAAAAUAAAAUUUAUUGUAGAAAUUCACAGCAUUGUAUAUCCUAGGGGUACACAAACUCUUUUUGGAAUGAUAGACUGUGGUGAUUUCUGCGGACGGCAGGGGGCACGGUCAGUUGUUUCUCCCUUUAACUCUGUACGCCGAGGGCUUCAGGCCUGAGAUUGACCAUUCAGGGACAAGAUUUGGUUGUGCACCCUCAGUGUUUGCCUCCAUCUUGGGUUCCUGUUUGUUGUUCUGCUGCGUUCUGUCAUUGUACAUAGUGAGUGGAGCAAUGCCUGGCUGUGCCAGGAAGGAAGUGGAUUGUGAUGCCAUUUGCUAAAUCUUCAAUAUUGCUGUAAAAGAAAACCUUAACUCAUGAAAAAGGUUAACACUUCUAGGAAUUUUCAAUGUUUAAUAACUUAUUUCCAGAGAGCGGCGGUGCGAGUAGUGAUGGGAGUGGUGAUGAUUCACACUUGAGGCUAAGGGGAGCAGGAACACUACUUUAUGUAUAUUUUCUGAGACCGUAAGGUAAACCGCUUUCAUUGUUUAACAUUUUGUAUAAAGUACCAACAAUUCUACAACUUGUGAAUGUGACUCCUCCCCCUCCAUCUUAUCCUAUAAAAUAGUAAUAAGUGGCAGAAAGACAGGUUAUUUUGUAGCAUUACAGAAAAAAGGCACCAUUAUUUAUUAUUUUUUAGGUCAUUUCCCCCUGUGUGUCUCGUUUCUAGAACCCAUUUAUAUAUGGACUGAGAUAAAGGCUUCUUAUAAAUAUCUACAUUUUUCCAGAAUAGAAAUUCCUUCUUGUCCAUAAUUCCCUUUACUGCCAAACGUGAGCUGAUUAGGGUAAUUAUUGGGUUAAUCCUAGUUUUUUUUUUAAGUCGGUCCUUGUGAAAUGAUUCACAGGAAUUUAUUAAAUGCUGGAAGAGGUCUGUUUAUGGGAACCCACCAGUAGUCUAGCACCGUAACCCAGACCUGGAUCGAAGACGCAGAAAUUGCCCAAAGCAUCUGUCUGACGCCCCCAUGAUAUGGUCAUUGAUAAAGCCACCAUUUUCAGUCUGUAGACAAAUCCUUGCAUGUCCUAAAAGCACACGCCUCCUUCCCCCAGUAACUUCGUCAUAGCGUGCUGGCUGUAAGCUAAAACCCUAUCUCCAUGCAAUCACAUGCAGUCGGAUUGUACGACACGUUCUAGUUUCUGUGUAACUUGUACAGGAAUUGUAGAAGUACAAUCCAGGCUAAACCACAGACAAGCCAGCAACUAUAAAAUAAAACUAUUCUUUAUACUAAAAGUAGACCAGCUGUGUGAUAAGGUCAGAGUCUGUAUUAAUACAGAAAAUAAUCUCGAACUGUGAUCCAGUAAAGUCGACUAUAUCUGGGCAGCAUUUGGCAUUUUUGGAGGUGCCGUAGGUGAUGUACAGAGAUCGUCCCAUCCUUGACCAGCUUGUUUGAUGCCAGCUGUUAUCUCAGGUGAAUGUGAGGAAGAGGGGUAAUUCAAAGGCAAAUUAUCUUGGCAAACAUGGAAGGAGUGUCGUCCUAAAUAAAGUGAUCAUAUAGUUUUGCUAGAAGUAUAACGAUAUUUGUGCUACAGUUAUACAGAUAUUCGUACAUGUGUCUGUAUGUCUUGACUGAUUAUUGUGAGAAUAACGCCGGCAACGUUUCAGCAUACCACCAGCUCUUAAUCCAGCUCACUGCAUAUGUCUUUAUUAAAGACUGACGUCAAAGCACAAAAACCACUUUGCAGGAUUCUGGCACCAUUACCACUUCAGAAGAACAAUCUUACUUCUGAGCAAUACUGUGAGUAAGUACCUGUGUAUUGUGGUUUUCGCAAUUUAUUUUUUAAUUAAAGGAACACUAUAGAGUCAGGAACACACACAUAUUCCUGACCCUAUAACGUUAAAACCACCAUCUGCCACCCCUUGCCCUCGUAAAAAUAGUAAAAUCUUACUUUUGUUCAAGUCUGCAGCUUUUGGCUAUGCCUCUGAUCUGCCUGCUUGGCUGACAUCAUCAGAAGUGAUCCUGUGAGCCAAUCACAAUGAUUUCCCAUAGGAUUGGCUGAGACUGUCAAGGAGGCAGAUCAGGGACAGAGCCAGCACAAGUCAAACACAGUCCUGGCCAAUCGGCAUCUCCUCAUAGAGAUACAUUGAAUCAAUGCAUCUCUAUAAGGAAAGUUCAGUGUCUCCAUGCAGAGGGUGGAGACAUUGAAUGUCCAUCACACUGUGCAGCACUGCCCCAGGAAGCACCUCUAGCAGCCAUCUGAGGAGUGGCCAGUGGAGGUAUCCCUAGAUUGUAAUGUAAACACUGCAUUUUCUCUAAAAAGACUGUUUACGUCAAAAAGCCCGAAGGAAAUGGUUAUAAUCACCAGAACAAAUGCAAUAAGCUGUGUACUAUACAAUAAGCUGUAAUUGUUCUGGUGACUAUAGUGUCCCUUUAACGACUGAAUGCAAAAUGGAGGUUCAUUUUAAAUGGUUUCCCUGUAAUUCUGCUAAUUCAUAGGCAAUAAUGGUUAAAGUGUGUCUUGUGCACUGGGUGCUGGAGUGUGUAUUGCGCAGUUGGGCUGUGUGCGUACUUCCCAACGUAUCAAACUGACAAAGACUAACAAUGUAAUUUUAGGGGUGUGGUCAGGGACCGGUCUGUUCUGACUCACUAAUAAUUUAUAGAUCGAAAAUGUAACUUAGAAGAAUAAUGUAUCUUAUUUUCUUCUUUACACUUACAAUGUAUCAGAUUUCUAAACACAUUUAUUGUAGGUUUAAAGAGACAUUACUGGGAGUAUUAUUGCUGUGGAGCUCUGUUAUACACUCAGACACAUUACUGGGAGUAUUAUUGCUGUGGAGCUCUGUUAUACACUCAGAUACAUUACUGGGAGUAUUAUUGCUUUGGAGCUCUGUUAUACACUCAGACACAUUACUGGGAGGAUUAUUGCUGUGGAGCUCUGUUAUACACUCAGACACAUUACUGGGAGUAUUAUUGCUGUGGGGCUCUGUUAUACACUCAGACACAUUACUGGGAGUAUUAUUACUGUGGGGCUCUGUUACACACUCAGACACAUUACUGGGAGUAUUAUUACUGUGGAACUCUGUUACUCCCACGCAGACACAUUACUGGGGAGUAUUAUUACUGUAAAACUGUUACACCCACGCAGACACAUUACUGGGAGUAUUAUUGCUGUGGGGCUCUGUUAUACACUCAGACACAUUACUGGGAGUAUUAAUGCUGUGGAGCUCUGUUAUACACUCAGACACAUUACUGGGGAGUAUUAUUACUGUAAAACUCUGUUACACCCACGCAGACACAUUACUGGGAGUACUAUUACUGUGUUAUACACGCAGACACACCAACAAUAUGGAGCUCCUAGAAAAUAGGGGCAUUAGGAUAGAAAAGAGGGACAGGGGGAUUUGUGCCCAACAUAGGGACUGUCCUUCCUAACUAGGGACACUUGGGAGGUAUGUAAUGUGUGGAUACUGCAUGAUGUCUGUGUGUUUACUGCGCUGCCUCAGUUAAGAAGGAAUUAUAUAGUCUUUCUUUCUGGUAAUUCUUUCAGUAAUAGCAUAGAUUGUAAAGGUAGUUAAAGGUACACACCACUGCCCAAAUAAAAUAAAUCACGAUUUAGUAGAUAUAACCACAAUGAAAACCUGUAGCAUUUAAAUCUUUUUUUUUUCCCCAUUGGUGUGUAGCUAAAAACUGCUUGCAACAGCGAUAGAUCUCUUGUCUGCAGCUUUUGCAAGCCCUCCCCUUUUAACCCCGCCCAGACUUUCUGUGUCUGUCCAAUCACAGACUUCCCAAUGCAGCUCAAUGAGAAGUCUUUGCAAUGCAGGUGCUCUGGGCAGUUGCUGCAUCUUGAGUUUAUCUCCACUGAGCUAAACAAACCAGGAAGUAACAGGACCAAUUGUCAAUUUCUAUUGAAAUCUACACAUUUUGUAAAAUGAGGGCACACUCUGGAGCGUCCCUUUAGAUUAGAGUCCAGAUGCAGCAUGGGGCACUUUGUCCGAGCUUUUUAUAAAGACUAUUUAAAGCGGCACUGUCGUGGCUGCAUCAGUUUAUUUUUUUUACCCUCCUUUUGACUCUAUUACAUUGUAUUGUGCACCUGGGGGGGACCCGACCAUAGGUUCCCGUUUAGUUGAAUAGGCCCCACUCGCAGUCAUUAAUUUUUUUAAUAGGUGCCCCUUUAUUACUCCACUUUUUUGGAUCCGGGGUCUUAUUUUUUUUGUUUUGUUUUUUGAGCAACAUAGAGUAGCCUUGGCAUAGUGAGUAGGAGCAGAAUUAAAUUCCGAACCGAACAAAAAAUACCGAAUGUCGUCCUAACACGAAUAGACAAACUAUUCUCAUUCUGUUAGGAUGAAAUUCGGUAGUUUCGUCGGCGCCUUAGUCUAUAUGACAGGACGUUCGAACAACGAAUGAAGCAACACAAGAUCAGAGGAGAGUGGGAAAAUAGCUAAAAGAAGGUCAAACGUAAGAAAUACAUAAGACAAAGUAGUUCCUACUAUGUUUUAAAGUAAACUAGAUCAGUUAGGAAGAAAAAAAGAACAGAUUCUGAGAGAGGAAGAGAAGAGGAAGCGAUUAGCGAAAGGUAAGUUCGGCAUGACCGUGCCGCUUUUAGGAUUUCAGAAUACUGAAAAAUGAUUGAAAAGGGGAAGUGAACUGGAUAAUCAAAUCUUCUGUCACCAUUUAGUACCAACCGAACGUGCUCUUAAAAGUACAAAACACAAAAGGUCCUAUUUGUCAUAGGUUCUCUCUAAUCCUGUAUUAACGAUAAUUGUCUAAUCAUUCCUGACAUACCUUAGGGUCCAACUUGUAUUUGUCUUCAUUUCAGAAGUGCUGACAGAAUGAACCUCCAGUCUAUUAACCUAAUCCUGCUCUUCAUAUGGUCCCACGGUAUGUAUAAAAUGUAUAAAGUGUAAAGCGUUGCCCACCGUUUUAACAUUUGUUUAACAUCGGGGGUGCGUGCUGCACCUCCAUGAAUUAUGGGAAAUGUUAAACCCAUUAAACUAGUCUUUCCUUGUGUUAUACAGCAUUACAAUGUUUCGGGGUACAAGAACUUUAUGUUGGACCAGAGAUUACUGGAAAGAUCUCCAUUGCAGCACAAAGUAAGGUUUCAUUUAAUAUCAUCUGUUUGUGUGUUUUUGCAAAUCUCUGUUUCUGUGUUCAUUCACUUAAUAACCAUUACCAAUUGUACCGAAUGUUGAAUUCCUACAUUUACGAGAGAUCAGAACAUACCGUAUUAUGUAACAAAAUAACAGGGAGAGGAUUUGUUCAUUAUUUGCGUUUAAUGUGUUGUCAGAUUUAGGGAGGUCGCCCACGUAAGGCGUUGGAUUAGGAUCUGGCUAAACUUUUGAAUGGGCUUCCGUCCUUUAAAAUACUUUUUAAAAAGAAGAUCCAAUAUAAGGGAACCAAUUUGCAGUUUUUUGUCUUUGUUUGGAAGAUUCAGUGUCAAUGAACACUUGCUUCUUGUUACUGGAAUCAAGGAUCUGGUAAUUUAUGUAGACAUGCUCGCACAAGCAAAUAUGACGCCAUGAGUAAUCAGCCGGGGCCUGGAGCACUCACAUUAUGUGUUCCAUCAGUAAAGAAGACUUAAUUCUGUGUGCCCAAAGUCUAGAAAAAACAAUGUUUUAUCGCUUGUUAUUUUUAACCAUGUUGGAGAUGUAGUACUCAUCAUUUGUAAUGCGGUUGAAAAACAACUUGUAAAGUACAGACUGACUUACUCUGUUUGGGGAUUCUUGGGUGGGCUUACCCCUCACCCGUCAGAGCCCAAUAAUGAAAUAUUACUAUGGAGACUUCAAACAAUAUUUAAGAUUUUUUGCUUGUGGAUGAAAUGGUUUGAUAAGAGCAGAGACAAUCUGCAAACUGUAAUCUCACACAAUGAUCUGCGAGCAAAAGAUUAGUUUCUGCUGAGCCCAAACCUCCCUUUUGCGUCUUGUCACAAAGUGUCGUUACUCAGCAAGACACACGGCGUCCGGUCGUAAUGUACAGUAUGUGUGGUGUUAUCAAUAGGGACUGUUUUAUCACUUUUAUCUCUCACCACAACUGUUAAUGCUAAGAUAUAUAUGUUAAUAAAUUCCCACCACUUGGCCCGACCAGUGCAACGCUGAUAAAAUAAACCUAAUCUGCGUUCCAGGGUUAGUUAUUGGUCCAUUUCUGUCAUAAUCUGCACCACGUCUUUGUGAAUGGAGCUCUGUGUGCUUAUUUGCAUAAUCAGUAUGGCAUUCUGGGAAAAUUAAGGCAAUACAACAUUCAGAGCUGCCAUGUCUGAGGAAGGUUUUACGAAGCUUUUCUCUGUGAGAUGUUGCUAAAACACAGUGGUGCAUGUCUGUGUUUACUGAAAUCCGUGCACAGUUUCACAUUUUGAUUUAUUGGCAUUCUGUCCCAUUCGAGGUACAGACCAUCUUACAAUUGUUCUGUUUUGCAGGAAUGCAGUGCUCGGCUCCGCUGGAUGUCCUCUUUCUACUGGACGGUUCUAAUAGCAUUGGGAAAGGGAGCUUUGAGAGGUCCAAACAUUUUGCAGCCCGGCUAUGUGACGCCCUGGACAUCGGACCUAAUCUGGUGAGUUGGUUAAUUUAUAAGGAGAACUCAGGCUGGCUGCUUUAAAAAAAAUAAAAUCGAUUAUAGAUAUGGACAGACAGAGAAACAGAUAGUAGAUAGAUUGAUCAAUAGAUCAGAUAGAGAGCACAUUUUUAUGUACCUGUCAAGUCCAGAUUUCUAGUGAAAGAAACGUAACUUCUCUAGAGGAUCACACUUGAACAAACACUGGAUACACCUUGUCCGUAUUGUGCAGGUUUUCCUGCGUCUCCUCUUUAUUUACUAUCCAUAUUGCACCCAGAGAGCAAUGCAUUUCUAUAUUAUUUAUUUUAUGGCUUUAAGGGUUUGGCGAGCACCUGUAUUAUUGGGAUUCCAGGCUACAGCGUAACGAGGGGAUUUCCGGCUAUGGCAUAAGGGUGGGAUUCCCGGCUAUGGCGUAACGGUGGGAUUCCCGGCUGUGGCGUAACGGUGGGAUUCCCGGCUGUGGCGUAACGGUGGAUUUCCUGGUUAACGUGUUUCCUUCUGGAAUUUAUUAUGAAAUCAGACCCAAGUUACUCGCACUGCAACAUAAUGGUUUCAAUGCACUAUGAGACCAGGGGCCGUGUCCACGAUUUCAGGCAGGAGAAAAUGUAUCAGAAAACAACCAGCUGGUACAAUUCCUUAAUCAGCAGGAAAAUGGCAGCUGCAGUAAAAACAUCCCGUGUCUCUCUGAAAGACGGCAACACACCGUGAGCUCAGACCUGCAGUGUCUGGAGAAGACACAAUAAAAAUGAUAAUUAAAACGCAGUGUUUAUGUGCUUGCGCUGUGUGGGGGGAGAAAGUGAUUACACAGAACAUAUUACAGUCAAGCGAAAAGGUCAAUACACGUCAAGGAUACAGUAACAUUCCUCAUUUAAUCCAGGCCGGGGGAUCAGACGUCUAGAGAAAAUGCUCCUUACCCACAGGAACAGCCAGCGACGGCGGCUAAUUACUGCCUGGAAUUUACAAAACACCAAUAUGCUGAGUGAGCUCUCCUUGGCACCGCUAAUCAUACCCAAUAAAGCUAAUGCUGCUCUAACAAAAUGACACCGUGCUAAAUUUUUCACAAUUUAUCUGCCUUGUUUGGAGUUGGGGAGCAUGGGGUGUCUUUGAAUUUUAUGCCUAUAGACACCUGAUAUGUAAAUCUGGCCCUGAGGGUGGCCCUAAAGUUACUUUCAUUGGCGUAUACCCACCUUCUAGUAAUUAAUAGUUGUAUGAAUAAUAUUGCUCAUCUCUAUAAAUGAUCAAAACCUGCUGUGAUUGCUGGAGGCAGAUCGCUCAGUUUAGAGGGUAACUAACCACUGGUGGGUGCAGCCAAAUCGUGUCUUUGCUCUUGAUCUAACAUUGGGAGACUAGCUCCUUCACUAGGAAAAUAAUAUGUCUGGCUGGUUUCUGCUGAAUAUAUUCUAGGUAUGCAACCAAACACCACGUUCUCAGUGUGCACCCAGACACCACGUUCUCAGUGUGCACCCAGACACCACGUUCUCAGUGUGCACCCAGACACCACGUUCUCAGUGUGCACACAGACACCACGUUCUCAGUGUGCACCCAGACACCACGUUCUCAGUGUGCACCCAGACACCACGUUCUCAGUGUGCACCCAGACACCACGUUCUCAGUGUGCACCCAGACACCACGUUCUCAGUGUGCACCCAGACACCACGUUCUCAGUGUGCACCCAGACACCACGUUCUCAGUGUGCACCCAGACACCACGUUCUCAGUGUGCACCCAGACACCACGUUCUCAGUGUGCACCCAGACACCACGUUCUCAGUGAGCACCCAGACACCACGUUCUCAGUGCGCACCCAGACACCACGUUCUCAGUGCGCACCCAGACACCACGUUCUCAGUGCGCAACCAGACACCACGUUCUCAGUGCGCAACCAGACACCACGUUCUCAGUGCGCAACCAGACACCACGUUCUCAGUGCGCAACCAGACACCACGUUCUUUUGUCUUGUACAGGUCCACGUGGGCAUCAUGCAGUACAGUUCAACACCUCAAGUGGAGCUCCGCCUGGACACAGCGCUCGAUAAAGUAAAUGUGAAAGACAAGACAAAGGCCAUCUUGUUUAAGUAAGUUCUUUAUUAUCAUCACACAUGUUACUAUGUAUGGAGACUGUAUCUCUCCAGGAUGUGCUAUAAUCCACGGAAUGUGUAGUUCAUUUGUUUAAUAAGUGUCCUUCGCUAGAGGGGCACUAUUAUAUUAUAAGUAAACAUGGUUAAAAGUGAGAGAAUUUUACAACUAAACCCCUGGACAUGGCUCCUAUCCAAACCGCUUCCCAACACACCUAGGGCCCAAAACAAACUAAUUGCCAAAAUAGCACUGGCCACUAGAAGAGCCAUUGCCGAAAAAUGGGGUAGCCCAGAAACCCCGACCGUGGGUACAAUAACCCAAAAAAUAAAAGAGACAAUUAAAAUGGACGAAUUGUCCGCACUGGUACACGACUCGACUAAGCACUUCCACAAAAUCUGGGACCCAUGGUUCUACGAAAACCCUCUCUCCACCUGAAACACACACACACCCACGCUACAAAAACGCUCCGCAGACAUUUAAACCACCAACACCUCCCAGAACCAUCAGACACAUCCCCUCUAGCACCAGCCACCCACACACACAGAAACAUAAAAGAGCCAAGAUCACCAAACAUAACCCCCAACCAUACAAACUGAGAGAACCCCCAGAUAAGAAACCCCAAAGGGCCGAACAAAUCCCCCAAAACCGGACACCCCGAAACAAAUACAACAGAACCAAACAUAUCCGCCAACUAAGAAAACAGCUGAAACAGCCUAAAUCCAGUGACCACACAACACAACAACCAUACCAACAAUCCCAGAGGUAAGCGAAACCACAGCACAACCCCAACGAGAGGUACCCAGCACACACUUAAAUAAUAGAAAACAUACAGAUGGGAAACCAUAAAAGAGGGCCACAAUAGAAGCUACAUACGACAACAACCUCAAUACCCAUAACAUCUCAGACUCACCAACGGGCUGAAAACCCACGCUGGCUGACACUCGCAUCGACUUACCAGACCACCCCUUAUAACUGGGUCCACACCCAACCUGAAAAACAAAACGGAAACAACAAGUGAAGGUAACCCACCCCACACCUCCCCUUUCCCCGGCACCCCUCUUACACCCCCAGACAUCAUAGUGAACCAGACAACUCGACCAAAACCGAGCAUAGACAACACCUGAACUAGGAAACAACGCAAAACAAGCAGGAAAAAGUACCCCCAAACACCUGCCCCCUCACUCCUACCCAACUGAACAAUAUGCGCUGACAGCAUACGACGCAACCCAUCACGGACACUACACCACGCAAAAAGGCUCACACAAGCCAACUCAUUCCCAUAACCACCCAGACCCACCAACAUAAAGAGAACUGGAUUGAUGUAAAGGAAGAAUCGAAACUGUAUGUAUAUGUACCCCACUCACCUUCCCUCUUCUUUUUUCUGUACCCCACCCAAUUCCCAAUUCCCAAAGAAAAGUUGAAAGAUAUGCCACAUGAUAUAGCCUGAUCAUAUGCUACAUGAGAAUGUGAUAACUCUGUAAACUUUGUAUGACAAUUGUACCGCCAACUUUUCUUUUCUGUAUCCCCACGUUAAAUGACAAAAAUUUUCAAAAUAAAGAAUUAAUAAAAAAAAAAAGUGAGAGAAUUUUUAUCUAACUUGUCCGUGUUUUGGGGUAGGAAUACUUUUACGCAGGCCUUUCCUAAAUUUAUUUCAAAUUGGGCCACAAUGAGCAUUCAUAUCAGGCCCAUUUCUUGUCUCAGGUAGCCACACGUAUAUUUUGAUUGGUUAUUUUUCUUGUCCUAGGGGUGGCAGCACGGAGACUGGACUGGCUCUCAAAUACAUCUUGCGUAAAGGAUUCCCUGGAGGGCGGAAUGACUCUGUUCCAAAGGUUCUGAUUAUCCUGUCUGAUGGAAAGUCUCAAGGGAACGUCCUUGGUCCAGCCAUGCAAUUAAAAGAAAGAAAUAUUAAGGUGUUUGCGGUUGGCGUGAAGUUUCCAAGGUAAGUAGUACUGAUGUCCACCGUGGUUCUUAAAGUCCAUAAUUGUUUAAAAAAAGCAUCAAGCAAAUCUGAAUAAAAGAUAGUAAAUUUGAUGCUGAAUCUCAGGAUUGAACAUUUUUUCUUUGGUCAACCAAAAUUAAUAAAGAUGGUCCAUAUAUUUAUUUAAGAAUAUAUGUACAUGUCCUGUUGUGUAUGCGUCCACUAAUUCUAUUUGGCUUUGGGCGUGGAGCAAUGAGAUCUGUUUCUCACAUACAUUGUAAGGUUGUUUUAUUUUCCGUAUAGAUGGGAGGAACUUCAUGCUUUGGCCAGUCCCCCUGCAGAGGAACACGUCCUGUUUGUCGAACAUGUGGAUGAUGCAGUUAAUGGUCUGUCAAGUUCUUUGACCAACUCAUCACUCUGCAAUGCGGUGCCUCCAGGUAAACUUCAGAAAUCAACUGGAAAUAGUUUUCCUAGAAUGGCCACGUGAAAUAAUGCACUGCUGUAAAAUUGUUUUGUAGGCAGACCAUGUGCACAACAUGAAUUCCCUUCUGAUAAUCUAAUCAUACUGUGCCUUUUAAAGGAUGUAUCAUACAGUCUUACCCCUGUGCAAGGAAGACCCUUGAGACUGUGAAGGAACUGAGUGGAAAUUAUGUGUGCUGGAGAGGAUCCACCGAACCAAGCCGUGUGUUCGCGGGGCCCUGCCCUUUCUACAGGUGUGUUUCUGUUAAUUUCAUUGAUAUUAAUUUGUAACAACUAGGUUACACAAUAAGAGACCUUGAUUAAACAAAUUAAGCUGUGAGGGCCCUUAUUGCAAUACGUACAGAACCAGUGACGACAGGGACGGACACAAAAUCAAGAACAGGUGGAGUAGUGAGGUUAGGAUGGGGUAAAUAGGUUGGAGGGCUGGAAAGAAGGAUGAUGGGGAGCCGUUGAUCAGGGCAGGAGAAUAAAAAAUGGUAGGAGUAUGAGGACAAUGACAAAGAUGGGGGUCAAAGGUGUUAUUUGGAAUAAUAGGAAAGAAGAAGACAUGACAAUUAUCACAUAGGUCUGAUUACCAGGGUAGUGAUUUAUGACAUGGGAUGAGGGCUGGGAUGGACAUGGGAUGAGGACUGGGAUGGAAGUGUGAUGGGACACGGGAUGAGGGCUGGGAUGGAAGUGUGAUGGGACACGGGAUGGGGGCUCUGAUGGAAGUGUGAUGGGACACGGGAUGGGGGCUGGGAUGGAAGUGUGAUGGGACACGGGCUGGGGGCUGGGAUGGAAGUGUAAUGGGACAUGGGAUGAGGGCUGGGAUGGAAGUGUGAGGAGACACGGAAUCAUGGCUGGGAUGUAAGUGUGAUGGGACAUGGUAUUGAAGCUGGUUAGGAGGAGGGAUGACGGCUGGGAUGGAUCAUGGGAUGGAAGCUGGUUAGGAGGAAGGAUGAUGGCUGGGAUGGAUGCUGGAUAGGUCACAGGAUGAUGGCUGGGAUGGAUGCUGGAUAGGUCACAGGAUGAUGGCUGGGAUGGAUGCUGGAUAGGUCACAGGAUGAUGCCUGGGAUGGAUGCUGGAUAGGUCACAGGAUGAUGGCUGGGAUGAAUGCUGGAUAGGUCACAGGAUGAUGGCUGAAUGUAUGCUAUAUAGGAGGAGGGAUGAUGGCAGGGAUGGAAGUGUGAUGGGACACGACAUGGACGCUGGUUAAGAGGAGGUUUGAUGGAUGCUGGAGAGGACAUGGUUAUGAUGGCUGGGAUGGAUGCUGGAGAGGACACUGGAUUGGUGCUGGAAUGGAAGCUGGAUAAUGGGAUAAUGGCUGGGAUAGAUGCUGGAUAUAUGCCAUCCCAUUAGGUAUGAUGGCUGGGAUGGAAGCUGGAUAGGACAUGGGAUGAUGGCUGGGAUGGAAGCUGGAUAGGUCACGGCAUGAUGGCUGAGAUGGAUGCUGGAAAGGUCAAGGGAUGAUGGCUGGGAAUGAAGUGUCAUGGGACACAGCAUGGAAGCUGGUUAGGAGGUGGGAUGAUAGCUGUGAUGGCACGGGAUGAUGGCUGGAAUGGAUGCUGGAUAUGUCAAGGGAUUAGGUAUGGGAUGGAAGCUGGUUAAGAGGAGUGAUGAUCGCUGGGAUGGAUGCUGGGUAGGACAUGGAAUGAUGGCUGGGAUGGAAGCUGUUUAAGGGGGAUGAUGGCUGGGAUGGAAUUUGGAUAGGACAAGGGAUUAUGGCUGGGAUGGAAGUUGGAUAGGACAAGGGAUGAUGGCUGGGAUGGAAGUUGGAUAGUACAAGGGAUGAUGGCUGGGAUUGAAGUUGGAUAGGACACAGGAUGAUGGCUGGGAUGGAAGCUGGACAGGGAAUGAGAUUAGGGCCUGGACGGAAGCGCGAAAGGAACUGGUAGGAGGGUUUAGCCGGAAGCUGGAUAGGACAUGGGAUAUAGGCUGGGACAGUAGCAACAAUAGCAGAGGAAAUUCCUACUAAGAAGCUUUUAUAUUUGUAUUUAUUUAUAUAUUUUAGUUGGAAACGUUUCUACAACACACAUCAGACCCAGUGCUACAGAACAGUUUGCCCAGGUGACGUCUUGUUUACUCAAUGGAUGUUUAACCUCUUGCUUGUUUGAGAUCCUCAUUUUACUCUUCUAAGAAUCUGCAUUUUCAAAGCGGUAUUAAAUUACAUAUUCUGUAUAAAGAAUAUUGGAGCAACUACAAAAUGUAUGCCAAAAGGGGCAUGAAAUAUUCUGUACUUAUAUAAAGAUUGUAUUGGGCAGACUUUAUAACGGAAUCUCCUUUUCUUUAGAUCCAUGUGACUCCCAGCCGUGUCAGAACGGAGGGACGUGCAUCCCACAGGGGACUAACAAGUAUUUCUGCAUCUGUCCGGUUGGGUUUGGAGGAGACACAGAAUGUGGUUAGUGCACAAUUCACUUUACUGCCAUUAAAAUACUCUAAAGAAAUAACUGUCCAGGCUCUCUUAUAACUAUAACGUGUGCAUGUACUUUACCUGAUGCUUCAAAUACCCAAUAACCAAUCAAAGCAACCAGGAGGCAGCGUAUAUCUAGUCCUGCUUACUAAUCUGAUGUACUUUAUUGUAACUUUAUAAACCCUGCGUUCUCCCCCACUUAACGCAUUCCACAACAAUGUUUGUUUCCUUAAUCUUUUGCUGUUUGUAGCAUUGAAACAAUGUAGUAUUAUUAUUAUUAUUAUUAUUAUUAUUCUGACACACACACAAUAAGAAAAGCAUUAAGUGUUAGGAGCAGACUUGACAAGUGAAUGACUUGAUGCUCCAUAGAAUAUCUCUGGAAUAAACUUCCCCCUUCGUAUCUCAGUGCUACAUUAUAUCUCCAACGAUACAAGUGACACACAAAUCCUUCCCAUCUUUACUAAUAAACCGUAAAACAAGACCCGGAUCCCAUAUCCAUUAGGGACAAGUCUCCCUGAGUGUGAGUGUCGGGAGGUCUGAUAGCGAAUAAUGGCAGGAUUAGUGAAACAUCAAUAAACGACGCACACCGAGAACCCACUGAACAUCCUCAGAAACUGUGGAAACCAAUGGCUUAUUCUUUUUGGAAUGUUCCGGUUUUAGUAUUUUUGCCUGCGAUCGCAUUGGGAUAAGUAAUCAUAUUAUUAAAUAUUCUGGGAGAUGAAAAUCCCAGAGUGCAAUAUAUCUGUUUGUGAGAUGUGAAAAAUAAAAUGAAAUGUAAAAAUCACAAUAUAGUGUAUUCCUAGCACUAUAGUUUCCUUUUAACUAAUAAAUAUUUGUGAUGUAAAAAAUGGAACGAAGUCCACACCUCUAUCCUGUAACUGAGCGUCUCCAUCUUAGCUCCCUGUCAAUCAUUGUUAUAAGCUCCGCCCAUUACACCUGGCAGUCAGUAUAGAGAGAGCAACCUCCAUCUUGGUCCCUGUCAAUCAUUGUUAUAAGCUCCGCCCUUUACACCUGGCAGUCAGUAUAGGGAGAGCCACCUCCAUCUUAGCUCCCUGUCAAUCAUUGUUAUAAGCUCCGCCCUUUACACCUGGCAGUCAGUAUAGAGAGAGCCGCCUCCAUCUUAGCUCCCUGUCAAUCAUUGUUAUAAGCUCUGCCCUUUACACCUAGCAGUCAGUAUAGAGAGAGCCGCCUCCAUCUUAGCUCCCUGUCAAUCAUUGUUAUAAGCUCCGCCCCUUACACCUGGCAGUCAGCAUAGAGAGAGCCGCCUCCAUCUUAGCUCCCUGUCAAUCAUUGUUAUAAGCUCCGCCCUUUACACCUGGCAGUCAGUAUAGAGAGAGCCACCUCCAUCUUAGCUCCCUGUCAAUCAUUGUUAUAAGCUCCGCCCUUUACACCUGGCAGUCAGUAUAGAGAGAGCCGCCUCCAUCUUAGCUCCCUGUCAAUCAUUGUUAUAAGCUCCGCCCUUUACACCUGGCAGUCAGUAUAGAGAGAGCCACCUCCAUCUUAGCUCCUUGUCAAUCAUUGUUAUAAGCGCCGCCCUUUACACCUGGCAGUCAGUAUAGAGAGAGCCACCUCCAUCUUAGCUCCCUGUCAGUCAUUGUUAUAAGCUCCGCCCCUUACAUCUGGCAGUCAAUAUAGAGAGAGCCACCUCCAUCUUAGCUCCCUGUCAAUCAUUGUUAUAAGCUCCGCCCUUUACACCUAGCAGUCAGGGCCAUCUUUAACGCGGGGCAAACGGGGCAGCUGCCCCGGGCCCUGUCCCUGCUUGGGGGCCCGAGGUAACUGCCCUGUUUGCCCUCUGCCCGCAAACUAUGGGGGCCCAUCGGGUGGCCCAUGCACUUAGGGCCACCCGGUGGGCCUGUGUCAGCAGGGGCCCGGUCGGGCGCUGUGGCGCUUUAACAGCGCGACCGGGCCCUUGCUUUUCGGCAGCAGUGGGAGGAAGUGACAGCCGUGCGUCACUUCCUCCCACAGAAACUGGAGCCGCGCGGGAGGAAGGCGGACCAGCUGUUCCAGAGGGGGCCAGGCCGGGAGAGCUUAACUCCAGCCAGCCCAAUGGACCCCAGGGAAGCCACCCUCCAGGACAAGGUAAGAAACUGGAGGGUGGUUAUCAAAGUCUGUCAGUGUAUCUGUAUGUCUGGAUGUGUGUUUGUCUGUCAGUGUCUGUGUGGUUCAGUAUGUCUGUAUGUGUGUAUGUCUGUCAGUGUGUCAGUAUGUCUGUGUGUGAGUCUGUCAGUGUCUGUGGUUCAGUGUGUAUGUGUGUUUCAGUAUGGCUGUCUGUGUAUGUCAAAAUGUCUGGAUGUGUGUUUGUCAGUGUCUGUGUGGUUCAGUAUGUCUGUAUGUGUGUAUGUCUGUCAGUGUGUCAGUAUGUCUGUGUGUGAGUCUGUCAGUGUCUGUGGUUCAGUGUGUAUGUGUGUUUCAGUAUGGCUGUCUGUGUAUGUCAAAAUGUCUGGAUGUGUGUUUGUCUGUCAGUGUCUGUGUGUAUGUGUGUUUCAGCAUGUCUGUCUGUCUGUCUGUGUGUCCAGAAUGUCUGUCUGUGUGCCAGAAUGUCUGUCUGUGUGCCAGAAUGUCUGUCUGUGUGCCAGUAUGUCUGUCAGUGUGUCAGUAUGUCUGUGUGAGUCUGUCAGUGUCUGUGUGUUUCAGUAUGGCUGUCUGUGAGUUUCAAAAUGUCUGUAUGUGUGUAUAUCUGUCAGUGUCUGUGUCUGUGUGUUUCAGUCUGUCUGUGUGUGUGUGCCAGAAUGUGUGUAUGUCUGUCAGUAUGUCUAUGUGUGAGUCUGUCAGUGUGGUUCUGUAUGUCUGUGUUUGUCAAUAUGUCUGUCAAUGUCUGUGUGUAUGUGUGUUUCAGUAUGUCCGUCUGUCUGUGUGUAUAUGUGCCAGUACGUCUGUCAGUGUAUCUGUAUGUCUGUGUGUGUGAGAGUCCAUCAGUGUCUGUGUGGUUCAGUAUGUCUUUGUGUAUGUGUGUUUCAGUUUGGUUUUCUGUGUGUGAGUCUGUGUCAGUACGUCUGUCAGAAUGUGUCUCUGUAUCUGUAUGUUGUCCAUUUGUAUUUGUGUGUGUAUCUGUAUGUGUCAGUGUUUGUAUCUGUAUAUCUGCAUGUGUGUCUAUCUGUGUGUCUGUCUGUCAGUGUGUGUGUCGGUGUAUCUAUAAGUAGUCAGUGUGUGUACCUUUGUAUCUGCAUGUAUGUCAGUGUUUGUAUCUGUGUGUGUGUCAGUGUAUCUAUAUGUAGUCUGUGUGUAUCUGUAUGUUCGUGUGUGUUUCUAUAUGUGGUCAGUGUGUAUCUGCAUGUGUGUCAGGUAGUGUAUUUGUGUGUAUCUAGACGUAGUCAGGGGGCCCAAGUAAAUGCUCGCCCAGGGUCCAAUCUAAAUUAAAGACGGCCCUGCUAGCAGUCAGUAUAGAGAGAGCCGCCUCCAUCCUAGCUCCUGUCAAUCAUUGUUAUAAGCUCCGCCCUUUACACCUGGCAGUCAGUAUAAAGAGAGCCGCCUCCAUCUUAGCUCCUUGUCAAUCAUUGUUAUAAGCUCUGCCCUUUACACCUGGCAGUCAGUAUAGAGAGAGUCGCCUCCAUCUUAGCUCCCUGUCAGUCAUUGUUAUAAGCUCCGCCCUUUACACCUGGCAGUCAGUGUAGAGAGAGCCACCUCCAUCUUAGCUCCCUGUCAAUCAUUGUUAUAAGCUCCGCCCUUUACACCUGGCAGUCAGUAUAGAGAGAGAGCCACCUCCAUCUUAGCUCCCUGUCAAUCAUUGUUAUAAGCUCCGCCCUUUACACCUGGCAGUCAGUAUAGAGAGAGCUACCUCCAUCUUAGCUCCCUGUCAAUCAUUGUUAUAAGCUCCGCCCUUUACACCUGGCAGUCAGUAUAGCGAAAGGAUACAGAGAGGAGGAGAAAUGAAACUUAACCAAUUCUUUAAUAUAAAUUCUAAUCGAAAAUGGAGCAUUUUCCAGAGAAUUGACAGUGACCCGUUAAACUAUAAAUUGUUGGGGAUUUAGAGUGACUCAAACUUUAGGUCACACUGGGCAAAAGUUGGCUAGAUUUUCAUAUUGCUUGUUUUGAUCUAAAUUCACCAACUAUUCUGGACAGUUCAUAUUUUAGGGAAUAACACUGUAACACUGUAAUUUUUCCUUUUUCUUUUGUUUCUCUCUUCUCUUCUGCCUCUGUGGCUCUCCCAUGCUCUGUCCUUUAUUUAUUGAAAUCAUUUUAAUUGAAUUACAUAGUGCAUGCAGAGAAUUGAAUGUACCAUUCUCAGUCUGUAAUAAUUUUUAUUUUUUAUUUUUAUUUUUUUGGUAAUUUUUUUUCAGCCCCAAAGCUUAGUCUCGAGUGCAGCAUAGAUCUUCUGUUUCUGGUGGACAGUUCAGCUACAUCUUCCCUGGAAAGUUUUUUGCGUUACAAGUCUUUUCUGAAGCGUUUUGUUCAAGCUGCUCUAUCGGAGGACUCUCCCGUCAAUGUUGGGGUUGCUCAAUACAGUAAUGAGGUCCAACCAGUAGUCAAAAUAAGUGAAUAUCAGAACUUUUCAGAACUUUUGAAGUUUAUAGAUGAAAUGCGUUUUAUGGGUGGUGAUCUGUUCACUGGAAAAGCCCUUCGUCAUGUUACGCGGUUUGGGUUUAAAAGCACCCCCGCCUAUGCUGAUAUCCGUGAUGACCUCCCUCGAGUUGUCGUCCUCCUCACGGGUUCAAAUUCCCAAGACCUUGUGAAGGAAGCAGCAGAGUAUGCUAGGGGCCACGAGGUGUUCCUUAUAGGUGUGACCAGCGACUCUUCCAAGGAAGAGAUGUCUCAGAUUGUUGGAAACACCCAACAAAUGAUCACCUACUCCAAUCAACAACAACUGUUCAACCAGCUUCCUCAGCUACAGAAGAAAAUCUGCAGCGUGGAUAUACAAGGUAUGAAGGUAUUUUGAUUAUUUUAUAUUUUUUUUCUGAAUUUAUUUGUUUUCAUAAUAAAAUAAGAAAAUAUUGGGUUGAAUGCCCAAAUAAGGAAAGAUAAAGACAGAGGUUAAAAACUAAAGGAGAAAGCAGAAAUUGUAAAGAGAAAUGAAAAAAAAACGGGGUAUCCUGUGUGGGGUGGGGAAAGCAAGUCAUCGUAACUUAACAAAAGCAAACUAUCAUCCUGCACAGUCUAACCAGGUUGUUAAACCUUAAGAAAAUAAUAAUCUAUUUUUAAUUUUAAUAUGGACACACCUUGUGUGAAAUCGGUCUAAUAAGCUGCAGACCUAGGUUCUCUCUAAUGGCACAAGUGAUCAAAGAUUCCAAGACACCUGAAUAGGACAAACCAAAGGGCCGGACUGGAGGGCAGCUAUUACGCUUUUGCCAGGUUUCCAUCUUCUCAGAUGUUCUGUUUAUGCAUCGGUGCCCAAGUGAAAGACCAGUCUAUGUCAGUCUUCUUAUAUUAAAGGUCUAGUUCAGAUAUGGACUCCGUGCUCACUGUUCCUGGUAGGCUAUCUGUUACACCUCACCAAUGAGACCCAAUGAAGACCGAAAUUAUUGACUGGGGCAUAUCUCGCACACAGUGGGAGGCCACUCGACAUUUAGGACUGACAUUUUGGGUGGAUCAGUCUGAUGUGUGACAAACUAAGUUCUCUCAGUAAUAAACAAGUUCUAUGGUUUGUCCAUUAUCAGUGUUUUCAGGUAGUCUGUUUUCACUUGGUGCACUAUUUUAAGUUUUUUUUUGUCUUUUUAGGACAUAACAUUCAUUAAGUUUAGAAAUAUGUAAUAAAAAUAAACUUUACUUUCUCCUAUGGUUUAUAAUUGUUUGACCGGUCAUGUUCUAAGGGCCAAAUGAAGUGUAAAAUUUUCUGUUACAGAGGUCAUAUUAAAUCACUACUGGCAGUAUGUUGUUGUGCAUUUAGCAAGAAUACGCUGGGCAAACACUGCUUGUCAAGGAAUCCAACACUUCCCAUAAAUUCCCAUAAUUAUUUUAUUUAUUUAUUGUAUUCUAGGUUGCCAGGGACAGCCCUUAGAUCUGGUUUUUCUGGUGGAUGUCUCUGCUGCAGUAGGAGAAAACCAUUUUUACAAGCUGAGGGACUUCAUCAAAAUGAUCUCUCUCCAAUUUGACAUUAAUCGUGACGUCACCCAAGUGGCUCUUGUGUCUUACAGCCAAAAACCCCAAACAAUAUUUGCAUUGGAUACACACGAAAAAAGUUCAAGCCUUCUGAAUGCUAUUAAUCAGAUCUCCUAUAUUGGUGGAUCAGCUUCUACUGGAAGUGCUCUGCUUCAUGUCUACAGUGAUGUGAUGACCAUUGGAAAAGGGGCUCGACUUGGGGUCAAUAAGGUUGUGAUUUUGAUCACUGAUGGCAAAGGAAGUGAAGAUGCUGCAGUCCCAGCCCAAAGACUGAGGGACAAUGGAAUAUUGAUCCAUGUGAUUGGAAUUGGAAAUGUUCAGCGGAAUGCACUGCUACGUAUUGCUGGGUCUACCAGAUUCUUGACGGUCAUUCCCUCGUAUGAUGACCUGGUCCACUACGAUGACCCCAUAGUCCAGAGUGUGUGCGAAGGUGAAUAGUUUCUUCUAUUUUACAAUUUGGCAUAAAUGUAUUUCAUUCUUGAGUUUCUAAGACAUGCUUUACUUCUUAAGUACCUGUCAUAGAUAUUGGCAGUUGGGUAGAGGCAAAAUAAGCUUGUCAUUGAGACAAAUGGCUACCUUUUAGUAAGGGCUAGUUACUCGGACUUUCUAGAUGUCUCCUAUCUGGGCAAUUGUCAUCACCCAAAAGUUUUAGAUGUGGGCGGACUUAUUUAUGAUUUCAGAUUAUAUAUAGAUGAUGUAUCAAUAAAAAUCUAAUGCAGGCCUUACAGACUAUAUAUAUCUGAAUACUUAUUGCUCUCAUUAUGUAUUUAUGAUUGGUAUUUAUAUAGUGCCAACAUAUUCUCUAGCGCUUUACAAUAUUCUAAAAAUGGGGGGGGAUUUAACUAUAAAUAGGACAAUUACAAGAAUACUUACAGGAACGAUAGGUUGAACAGGACCCUGCUCAAACGAGAUUGCAGUCUAUAGGAGGUGGGGGAGAGAGUAAAGUGUUGCCCUUUAGGAGAGAGAGACAGGUAUGUGAGGUAAAGGUUACUCUAGGUGGCCAUGAGCUUUCCUAAAGAGAUGGGUUUUAAGGCCCUUCUUAAAUGAUUGAAGACUAGGGGAGAGUUUGAUGACGGUAGGCAGGCUAUUCCAUAGAAAGGGAGACGCCCGCGAGCAGUCCUGCAUGCGUAAGUUGGCCAUACGGGUGUGAGCAACGGGCAGAGCGGAGAGACCGAGAAGAGGCAUACCUAUGGAUCUGUGAAGAGAUAUAAGAGGAGCUAGAAAUGUUCAGUGCUUUAUAGGUAUGGGUUAGCACUUUGAAUUGACUCCUAUAGCAUACUGGAAGUCAAUGUAAGGCCUGGCAGAGGGGUGAGGUGUGAGAGGACCGACUAGAGAGGAAAAUCAGUCUGGUGGCAGCAUUCAUUACCGACUGUAGCGGGGCAAUACUGCUUUUGGGAAGACCAAUUAGGAGAGGGCUAUAAUAAUCCUUGCGAGAAAUUACUAGAGCAUGGACAAGCUCCUUAGUGGCAUCUUGUGUAAGAAAGGGGCGGAUUCGGGAAAUGUUUUUAAGUUGGAAUCUACAGGAUUUGGCAACAAACUGGAUGUGAGGCUCAAAGGUGAGGCCAGAAUCAAGUAUGACACCAAGACAGCGCCUUGCAAGGAUGAACUUAUGUGGAUACCACUAACUUGAAGGGAAAACGAAAGAGGAGGAUCAGUAUUAGGAGGAGGAAAGACGAUGAGCACAGUUUUAGAGAGACUGAGUUUCAGAAAGCGGGAGGACAUCCAGUUAGAGAUGGAAGAAAGGCAAGCAAUGACACGGUGCAGGACAGCAGGGGAGAGGUCCGGGGAGGAGAGAGAUCCAAAAGAGGUAGUAAGUUUGCCAAGAGAGGCAGUAUAAAGAGAAAAUAGAAGGGGACCAAGGACAGAGCCUUGGGGGACUCCAACCGAGACAGGACGAGGGGAGGAGGAUUCAUUAGGAAAGGAGACAAUGAAUGAGCGUUGGGAGAGAAGUGGAAAACCACGAGAGGACAGUCACAGAGACCGAGUGAUUGAAGAGUUGGAAGAAGGAGAGUAUGAUCAACGGUGUCAAAGGCAGCAGAGCGGUCAAGAAGAAUUAGUAUGAAGUAGUGGCCUUUGGAUUUAGUUGCGAUUAAGUCGUUAGUAACUUUGAUAAGAGCAGUCUCAGUAGAGUGGAGAGGGCGGAAGCCAGAUUGAAGAGGGUCAAGGAGAGAGUUGAAAUUGAGGAAGUGAGACAUAGGGGUAAAGACAAGUCUUUCCAGAAACUUUGAGGGAAAAAGGAGCAGGGAUAUGGGGCUAUAGUUAGUGGGGGAGGACGGAUCAAGAGAUGUUUUUUUGUUUUUUUUUGUUUUUUUUUAAGAUGGGUGCUACAGUAGCAAGUUUAAGGUCAGCAGAGACAACGCCAGAAGAGAGAGGGAGCAGUUGAAGAUGUGUGUUAAGGAAGGCACAAGACAGGGGGUGAGAGAUCUGAUAAGGUGAGAUGGGACAGGAUCAAGCGGACAAGUGGUGGGUCAAGAGGAAAGGAGAAGCGCAGCCACCUCUUGUUCAGUAGCCAGAGAGAAAGUCUGAAGGGUAGUAAAGGCAUGAUUUACGUGUGGUUGAGAAGGAGAAAGGCAGGGUGGAGAGAAUUCUUUCCUUAGCUGUUCAAUCUUGUCGGUAAAGUAACAAGCAAAGCUAUCUGCUAUAAGGUUAGUCUGGAGGGUGACCACAGCAGGGCAAAGAAGAGAAUUAAAGGUGUCAAAGUGAGGAACAUGAUCAAUAUUAUUAUAAUUGGGAUUUAAAUAAAAAAUAAAAAAAAUAUUUAGAAUUUAUUUCACAUACUAUUUUCCACAAAAUAAUGCGUUUUCAAAAUUAGUUCAAAGUAUUAUAAUAUAUACACAUCUAGAAACACAGACUUCUUGUUUUGGUGUUCUGCGCUCAUACCCAUGGCGACUAGUUCAAUUGUGACGUUUUAAACUCUGCCUGAAGUUUUACAAGAUACCUUAUAACUUCUAUAACACACUCUCCAAUAAUUCUGAAAUUGGUGAAUAAAUAGAUGAAACAUUAAAAUUGUGUAAAUGUACAUAGACUUUUCUAUAGUUCUGUAAUAUUUUAUAUAUUUUUUUAUAUAUUGGUGUUAUAAAAUCUCCAUGUAUUGGUGGCAUAUAAUCUCCACGUAUAUAUAAAUAUAGAACAUAUAUCACAUGUAAAUAGUUGUUUCAUUGGGGUCUUUCUUGCUCUGGAUUUAGGGGAAAUCGGAGCCUUCCUGAACUGCAGACAGCUGGUUCCCACGUCAAUCCUCUCUCAUUAACUGGUCUCCGGUCAUUCCUGUGUUUAUCCGAGCAUGGAUUACACAAUAUGCAUUUAGAAAUGUAAUUUACUCAAACUAUGUGAUGGAGGAAACCAAAUAACUGCUUAAAGGCUUAAUGAACAAUUAGCAGACUGCGCAAACCGCACUAAUGAACACGUUCUGCUCCCAUUGGGGGAAAUGAAAGCAUUGGGAAUAUUUUCUAUAAGGAAUUAAUAUGAUGCUCUCUCAGAAAUGAUAUUGAAGAUCCUGUAGUGGGAUUAAAUCAGAAGUGGGCAGCGUUUACAUUUGAAAGCGCCGUGUUAAACACUGUAACUACAACGACACAUUGUAGUGUUCAUAGUACUAUGAGGCUGAGCGUCUGUUUUGUAUUGCUUUCACGGAAAACCAGGGUUCACCCAGCAGCCAAACCUGCCCCAGUGCUCCCAUUCUAUCAUAUGGAUCCCAGCUCGAAGGGUUAAUAUGGAACACGAUGAGUGCGACUGCAGAGGGCGAGCUAUAAAAACAAGAGGGUCUGCGCUCAAAGACUCUUUGCCAUAAUCAUUACAGUGAGCUGCAGUUGUUAUGGUGUUUCCUGCUAGCAUUAGGGACACCACGAACGCUGAAUAACUGUAAUGUUAUGGUGCAAAGGGAAUUGUUACUUUUUAUGAUUGUGAAGCUGCAUAAUAAUCAGAGAACCUGCUAAUACAGAACGCCUACUGAUACCCCGUUACUCACCAGGAUUUAACCCGUAGUAAGGGAAUUGGUCACAGAAGAUGGGUUUAAUGGCUGCAUUAAGCUAUGUAGUGUGUGGCAGUGAUUUCUCUGUGUUUGGUUUUAUUGCUGUGCUUAAACCUGCAGAUAAACUAUAUAAUAUUGUUUUUAUUAUAAUCUUCACAGCCAUUCCCAAUGCAAUACUCUAAAUUCUGUCUUGCUUGAUAUGUGUUUUUGUUUUAGAAGCAAAAUCUCCAGUGAGUCUCUGUAAACCCAACCCGUGUUUGAAUGGGGGUCAGUGUAUCCAGAGCCACGGAACCCAUCGCUGUGAGUGCCACGGCUGGGAAGGCCCCCACUGUGAGAAUCGUAAGUACAGCUGCUAUAAGCCCUCCGCCUGGGCAGUAAUGGCUCCUCUCCUUGAUCCAAUCCACACAGGAUUACAAAUAUGAGAAGUCACCGCGUUAGUGUCCACAUAUCCUGGCACUUCUUCCCAUGUUCAGUGUCUUAGUUAUGUCUCGAGUCCCCUGUCCACAUAUCCCGUCACUUCCUCGUCCUAUACUCAGUGCCUUUGUUAUGUCUCGGGUCCCAUGUCCACAUAUCCUAUCAUUUCCUCUUCCCAUACUCUGUGCUUUAAUUAUGUCUCGGGUCCCCUGUCCACAUAUCCCAUCACUUCCUCUUCCUAUACUCAGGGCCUUUGUUAUGUCUCAAGUCCCCUGUCCACCUAUUCAGUCACUUCCUCUUCCCAUACUCGGUGCCUUAGUUACAGUCAGGUCCAUAAAUAUUGGGACCUCGAAACAAUUCUAAUCUUUUUGGUUCUAUACACCACCACAAUGGAUUUGAAAUGAAAUGAACAAGAUGUGCUUUAACUGCAGACUUCGAGCAGUUAACAGUUUGUAUAUGUGCCUCCUACUUUUCAAGGGACCAAAAGUAAUGGGACAAUUGGCUGCUCAGCUGUUCCAUGGCCAGGUGUGUGUUAUUUCCUCAUAUCCCAUUUACAAGGAGCAGAUAAAAGGUCCAGAGUUAAUUUCAAGUGUGCUAUUUGCAUUUGGAAUCUGUUGCUGUCAACUCUCAAUAUGAGAUCCAAAGAGCUGUCACUAUCAGUGAAGCAAGCCAUCAUAAGCUGAAAAAACAAAACAAACCCAUCAGAGAGAUAGCAAAAACAUUAGGUGUGGCCAAAUCAACUGUUUGGAACAUCCUUAAAAAGAAAGAACGCACCAGUGAGCUCAGCAACACCAAAAGACACGGAAGACCACGGAAAACAACUGUGGUGGAUGACCGAAGAAUUCUUUCCCUGGUGAAGAAAACACCCUUCACAACCGUUGGCCAGAUCAAGAACACUCUCCAGGAGGUAGGUGUAUGUGUGUCAAAGUCAACAAUUAAGAGAAGACUUCACCAGAGUGAAUACAGAGGGUUCACCACAAGAUAUAAACCAUUGGUGAGCCUCAAAAACAGGAAGGCCAGAUUAGAGUUUACCAAACAACAUCUAAAAAAGCCUUCACAGUUCUGGAACAACAUCCUAUGGACAGAUGAGACCAAGAUCAACUUGUACCAGAGUGAUGGGAAGAGAAGAGUAUGGAGAAGGAAAGGAACUGCUCAUGAUCCAAAGCAUACCACCUCAUCAGUGAAGCAUGGUGGUGGUAGUGUCAUGGCGUGGGCAUGUAUGGCUGCCAAUGGAACUGGUUCUCUUGUAUUUAUUGAUGAUGUGACUGCUGACAAAAGCAGCAGGAUGAAUUCUGAAGUGUUUCGGGCAAUAUUAUCUGCUCAUAUUCAGCCAAAUGCUUCAGAACUCAUUGGACGGCGCUUCACAGUGCAGAUAGACAAUGACCUGAAGCAUACUGCAAAAGCAACCAAAUAGUAUUUUUUUUUUUUUACAAUUCUUUUUUAUUCGUGCAUAUUGAGAACAGACAUGUCUGCACUGCCACGAUAGCUGGUGCAUAACACUGGUGUGAAAUGAAAAAAAAACAUUGCACAUUUUUUUUUUUCUUUGAAAAUCAAUACAUGUAACAAAAUGGAAUCUAGGGUAUGUGUAACAAUGCAACUUCCUGGUAGCGUUUUUAAUGCUUGUGUGGUAGGUUGCUAAAGUCCUAGAAACAGGGGCGGACUGACCACUCUGGCACAUCGUUCAUGGAUCAGGGGCCCGGCUGCACAGCCAUGCUCCAGCUGGAGAGAUCAGAGAUCAACUGGAACGGCAAAAUAAUAAAAUAAAACUAUUUCAUUGAUAGGUUGUGGGGCCCCUGAUGGAGCGCGGGGCCCCACAACCUACCGCUCUGCUAGUCAACCCCCUCAAAUGAGACCCGGCAGCUUCUGCCAGGUCUCCUUCCAGUCCCAUUCGGUGCUCUGUGUGAUGGGAAGAGGGGGGCUAGGAAGUGACCACUUCCUGUUUACUCCUCUCACACAGAGCCGAUCAGCAGGGGAAGGAGCAGCCAGGGAGAGAAGAGGGAGCAAAGACAGGUAGGCACUAAUCAACCCCCCCCUGUGUCACUAGUCACCCCUCCCUUUGUGUCACUAGUCACCCCCCCUCCAAUCACUGUGUCACUAGUCACCCCUUCACUGUGUCACUAGUCACCCUUCCCUCACUGUGUCACUAAUCACCCCCCCCACUGUGUCACUAAUCACCCCGCCCUCACUGUGUCACUAGUCACCCUCCCCUCACUGUCACUAGUCACCUCCCCUCACUGUCACUAGUCACCCCCCCUCACUGUGUCACUAAUCACCCUCCUCACUGUGUCACUAGUCACCCCUCCCCUCACUGUCACUAGUCACCCCUCCUCUGUGUACUAGUCACCCCCCUCCAAUCACUGUGUCACUAAUCACCCCCCACUGUCACUAGUCACCCCCCCACUGUGUCACUAGUCACCUCCCCACUGUCACUAGUCACCCCCCCUCAGUCAGCCCCCCUCACUGUCACUAGUCACCCCCCUGAGGCCUGCCGUUGCCCCUGGGGAAUAAAUGGUUUUACGGUAGCAGGCUUCCACGUUUGGGGGUCUCGCCCCGCCGGUUCCUGCCCGUUGGCGGCCAGUGAGUCUGGUGGUAGGCCCACCGUGACUAGCAGCCCUACUUCCUCUUGGAGAUCGUGAAUGUCUUGUGUAACAUUGUCCUUGAUGACCUGGAUCGUGUGCGCCAACCACCAGCGGUACGGGAUCUUGUGGUGUCUGAGCAGGGCGGUGAAGGGUGCCAGAGAUCUGCGCCAUGCUAAAGUAUAUCCCGAUUUAUUUGUGUAGAAAGUGAGGUGCAUGCCUUCGAAGUCAUAUGGCGUGCGGUCCCUGGUUGCGGUUAGAAUUGCUGCUCUGUCCUUCCCGGUCAUUAGGCGGAUCACCAGGUCCCUGGGGGUCCCCUUCGGAGCCUUGGGCGACUUGGGGAUGCGGAAGAAUUCCUCUAGACCCACCGCUCUCCCUUGUCUCGGGGGCAGCAGUUCUGUGAAUAGUCGCCAUAGGAGGUGAUGCAGUUCCUCGGCAGGUACAUCCUCAGUGAUGCCCCUUAUUUUGACGUUCAGUCUGUGCCUUGUAUCUUCUAUAGUGGCAAAGGGUUGGUCAUAGAUUUUGUGUUGUUGUUGCAUCUGAGCAAUCUCCCGUUGGAGUGAGGCAAUUUGUGUAGCAUGUUCCCCGGUGGUGCCCUCCAGGGUGCCCAGCCUGCCCGACAGGCCUCUUAUUUCCUCGUGGAUUUUUGCCGUGUCCGCCAGGAUGGUGUUCUGGAGGGUCGUCAGCAGUGUCGUGAGGAUUUCGGUGGUAACCAGAGAGGAGUCUGGCUUUUUAGGGGCCGGUUUAGCAGACUGCGCCACGGGGGUUUCGUCCUUGUCCUCCUCCUGAUAGAAGUCAUCGGAUAUGUCCGAGAAGUUCUCGGGGUAGGCGUCCAUCUUGGGCCUUGCCACGUUGCUGACCUGGCGCAGGAGGUCGCUGAUAUGCAGGCCCUGGCGUGGCUUGUCCGGCUUUAGUUUCUUGGUUUUUCGUCCCAUUGCUAUGUGUGAGUGUCAGGGGGUAUGUUUGAGCAGAUGAUUUUGUGUCCCAAAUCAGGUAGAAAUAGCGUCGGUAGUUAGGAGCUCUCAUGAAGCGUGUCUGCUCGGCUCGGUAGCUAGGCUCUGCCCCCAGUUUUUUAAGGGAAAGAAGUGGAAUGUUAUGCAAUGGCCAAGUCAAUCACCUGACCUGAAUCCGAUUGAGCAUGCAUUUCACUUGAUGAAGACAAAACUGAAGGGAAAAUGCCCCAAGAACAAGCAGGAACUGAAGACAGUUGCAGUAGAGGCCUGGCAGAGCAUCACCAGGGAUGAAACCCAGCGUCUGGUGAUGUCUAUGCGUUCCAGACUUCAGGCUGUAAUUGACUGCAAAGGAUUUGCAACCAUGUAUUAAAAAGUGAAAGUUUGAUUUAUGACUGUUAAUCUGUCCCAUUACUUUUGGUCCCUUAAAAAGUGGGAGGCACAUAUACAAACUGUUGUAAUUCCUACACCGUUCACCUGAUUUGGAUGUAAAUACCCUCAAAUUAAAGCUGGAAGUCUGCAGUUAAAGCACAUCUUGUUUGUUUCAUUUCAAACCCAUUGUGUUGGUGUAUAGAGCCAAAAAGAUUUGAAUUGUGUCGAUGUCCCAAUAUUUAUGGACCUGACUGUAUGUCUCGGGUCCCCUGUCCACAUUUCCCAUCACUUCCUCUUCCCAUACUCUGUGCUUUAGUUAUGUCUUGGGUCCUCUGUCCACAUAUCACGUCUGUGCCACAAAAUAUUGAUUUCUACACAAUACAACCUGGAGAAAGGUUAUCGCACAACCAUAAAUCAAACUUAUCAAAUCCAAGAAUCUAUUUUCAGCAUUACACCAGAGCCUAUACAUCCUGCAUUAAUCUGUGAUAUCUGUCAGUUCACAUUUUGGAACCAGGUAAGUUUCAAGGGAUAAAACUAAAGCAAUGCGUAAGUGCUAAAUAACACAAAGCAGCAACCCUAUAAGGGAUUCCCUCAAAAAAAAGCAAAAAUAAAUAAAAGUAAGGGCUGCGCUGAAUAAAACUCCGUGUAAGACAAAUAGUCCAGAUAAAAUAAAUGGAUAAAAAGAGAAAGUCUUAUCUCAAGGCGUCUGUUGAGGUCGUACGUAGUAAUAAUAUUUGGUCCAGAGUAAUUGUCCUUAUUGAUAUCCUCCUUAUGGAUCCGCUCGUAUGCAAGAGAUAAGGGAUAAAUAGAGAGCCAAAUAGUGUAGUAUAUUCAACAGUGGAGAUGAUAAAACUAUAAAAAACUAGAAUGCAAACUCACAUUUGCCAGAGCUGUGACCCGCUCUGGUGUGGAAGGCGUACAGCGGUUUAAUCCCCACUUAUGGGAUAUAGAUAUAGGUAUAUAGGUACAAUAAAAGUUACCAAAUAUACUUUAAUAUUAAAAUCACACAAUAUAAUAACCAUAAACGCGUUUCGCCAAUACAGCGUUAUCAAUAUGGGUAAAGAACCUGAUACCUGGCAGUGGAAUCUUUAAAUAGCAUAUACAAUACUUUGAAAUUGGCGCCAAAAUGUCAGCAACCAAUCAUAGUAAAGUUUAAAAUUAGUAUAAUUAAAACAUGGUCAAAGUGAAACAUAAGCAAUAUAUAUACAUAAAAAGACAUUAAAUGAACAUUAAAAUGUUUAUACAUAUUGGAAAAUAACCAGUAUAUACUUAAAAUAGGCGAUUUUAUGCGCGGUCACGUGACCGGCAUAAAACCGAUAGGAGUUGAUGGGAAGUGUAGUUUGACGCAGGUCGGCACUGCGCAGCCGCCGGCGUCGUAAUAAGGGGGAUUGCCCAUGCGUGCCGACAUCUAAGGGGGGUGCGGCUACACAGUAGGAUGUCAGCGCGCGUGCGACUAAUGCGCGCUGACGUCUAGAGGGGGCGCAGUAUCAAAAUAGAGCGUCAGCGCGCAUGCGCCUGACGUAGGGGGGAGGAGAUGAAAUAGUGACGGCACGCACGAACCUGCGGCCGUCGUCAACAAAGGGGCGGGGAUCGAAAGGAAGACGGCGGCUAGCACAAAGCUGCAGCCGUCAUCAUGGAUACGGUUUAAAAGCAAAACAGCAACCAACUUGGAAGACAUCAUGCCUGAUCCACUAAACAGUGUGAUCAGGCAUGAUGGCAAAAAGAUAAAAAGAACAGAGUCUGGGAUAAAAUGGAGAGAAUAAAAUUAGAAUGGGUAAAAACAAAAAAAUUAAAAUUAAAAAACAGACAAAUGUAAAUAAAAUAUCCAGAGACAGCUAUGUGCAGAAUAUAAAAGUAUAGAAGAUUAUAAAAAAUUAAACAAAUCAAAAUCUACAUUUAAACCAUGUGGUACAAGAGUUUGAAGUUUGUAGACCCACUCCAUUUCUUUUUUACCUAAAAAUUUUUUAAUGUUUCCGCCCCUCCACGGAACCACACAUUUCAUUAUUCCAAUACAUUUUAGCAUUUUUGGAUCUUUAUUGUGUAUGAUAAAAUGUUUGGAUACUGAGUGAUUUAGGAAUCCAUUUUUAAUGUUUCUGCAAUGUUCGCUUAAGCGUAUUUUCAGACACCUUGUGGUCAUUCCAACAUAUUGGAGGCCACAGGGGCAUUCAAGCAGAUAUAUAACAUUUUUUGUAGAACAAUUAAUAAAAUCAUUUAUUUUAUAAACCUUAUUUGUCCUAUUUGAUACAACUUUGGUUACUUUGUGGGGGACAUCAGGGUUAGUAGUUCUACAGACUAUGCACAUUUUGCAUUUGCAAAAACCUUUAAUGUGUGGGAAAAAGGAUACCGGGGGGGUCUUUUUAAUUUCUCUUGUAAAAUUAUUCGUUAGUAAAGACUUAAAAUUUUGAGCUCUCCUGAAUAUAAUAUUUGGACGUUCAGGUAUAAUUUUAUUUAGGGUUUCAUCUUCUUUUAUAAGAUGCCAGUGUUUUCUUAUAACUUUUUUUACAUUGUUGCUUUUAUUGUUAAAAUUGAAGAUAAUUGGUAAAGGCAUUGUUGUGUCUGUGGUUUUAGGUUUGUAUUUUAGGUGUUUGUUUCUAUCUUUUUUUUGGAUGUCCCUAAUAGUCUUUUCUAGUUCUAUUUUAGAGUAAUUCUGCUUGUAUCUCGAAAUUUCUUAUUUCUGAACAGUUUCUCCUAAGUCUAAGUAUUUGGCUUUUUGGGGCGCUAUCCAACCAAGGUUGGUAAUGGCAGCUACUUUUGUCGAUAGCUGUAUUUACACAUACUUUUUUAAAAAACGUCUUAGCGUGUAUUUUUCCAUUUGUUAUAAAAAUAAUAAGGUCUAAAAAAUUAAUUUGUUCUCUACUGUAUUCAUACAUCAGGAUUAUACCUCUAUUGUUUAUAUUAAGAUUUGUGAUAAAAGAAUUGAGUUCAUCUUCAGUACCAUCCAAGAUAAAAAAAAGAUCAUCAAUAUAUCUAAAAAAGGAAACUAGGUUUGCUCUCCACGCAUGAUUACUAAAAAUUGCUUUUGACUCCCAGUCAGGUGUAAAUAAAUUUGCGUAGCUGGGAGCAAACCUAGUCCCCAUAACGUUCCCUCUUUUUUGAAGAUAAACAGAGUUUAAAAACCAAAAAUAAUUUAUUUAUUUUUGUAAAUUCUUUAUUUUGAAUUUUCAUGUGUCUUUCAUGAGUUUAUCAAUUGUAUGGGAUACAGAAGAGAAAAGGGGGUUAUAACAAAAUUCAACAGAUGAGGUUACACUUUCAGUUUGGAAGUUGAUCCUAUUGCAUUCAUUCUUCAUUCAUGCUUACUGCUGUGAUUGCUUGGGGUCGGGAAAAACGGGGUGGGUGGAGGUUUCGCAUUGCCAGCCACGUCCCCGUUCCUAGUGGCGUUGUUGUGGUCAUCCGUCUCUGUGUGUGUGUGUUUUUUUUUUUCCCUGUGAUAAGUUCAUGUACAGUUCUUGCGUGGUGCGUGGGUUCUCUAGGGGCGGAUGAACUCGCUCUGCGUUUUGCCGUGUGUUAUCUCGGUCUGCGGGGGAUGCGGUGGUACCUCUGGGUUCGGGGGUAUAGAACUUGGAGUCGGAUUGGGGUUUGUGGGUGCUGGGGGGGUGUUGUCCCUCGUCUUGGGUGGGGGUUGCCCACGAGUCCUUGGGACUUUGUGUGGUGUUCGAUUGAACUCUGAGAGUUCUCUGGGUUUAGAUCAAAAGUUUUUUGUGUGUUUAUUGUGGGUGUGGUUUUGUGUGGGUGGUCUCAGCAAGUAGGGGUGCAUGGGUGUGUGGUGUGGGGGGGUUGGUGCGAGAAAUCGGAGGGUUGUGGAGGGGAGGGGGGUUGUCUGUUCCGUCCGCCCCCGCCAGACAGGUUUCACUCCAAUGCCAACCAGGGGUCCUAGAUCUUGUGGAAGGAUCUGGUAUUUUCGUGUAUUCGGACAGUUCGUCCAUUUCCAUAGUCUCCUUGAUCUUUCUCUGGGCCUCCGGGAUCGCUGGGAUCUCUGGGCUCCCCCUAUGGGUCGCGAUUGUUCUACGUGUAGCUAAGGCCACCUUUGCUACUAGCUUAUUUUGUGCUCGGGUCAGGUUUUCGUAUGGUUUCGACAACAGCCAGGUCCACGGGUCUAGAGGGACGUCAGUUUGUAGUGCUUUUGAGGUGAUGGAGGCCAUUUCUGUCCAUAUAUGGCUUAUGUGCCGGCAUUCCCACCACAUAUGGAUGUAUGUUCCCUGCUCGCCACACCCUUUCCAGCAUCUGUUCGUGUCUAUGCGUUUCAUUUGUUUAAGUCUCAGGGGGGUGAGGUACCACCGGAGCAGAGUUUUAGAUGCCUGCUCCUUGUGGUUCACACAUAUGGUUACCGUCGCUGUUGCUUCCCAUAUGUCUGCUCAGUCCGUCGGGUCCCCAUGGGGUCUCAGGUCUCUUUCCCAGGCCUUUACAUAGGAGAAGGCUUCGGAGGGGGUUUUAAGUGCCAGGGUAUUGUAUAUGUUGGAAAUCUGGCCCUUGUGUAUCGGGUUGCUCAGGCAACCCCUUUCAAAUGCUGUUGGCUUCAGCACUGCCGCUGCGGCUAUGCUGGGGGUUGAUAGGAAGCUUCGGAGCUGGAGGUAUCGGAAAUGAUCGAACGUAUUAUAUGGUGUUUUGUUUGGUAGGUCCGGGAAGGGAAUGAGUCGGUUAUUGUGGUAAAAAUGACAGAUUCUAGUGAGUUCGUUAUCCUCAUAGCGUGUAAAGUGUUGGGGUGCCAUUCCCGGGGUAAAUUGAGGGUUUCUCAGUAUGGGCAUUAGGGGUGAGGGCGUGUUUAUUAGGUUGUACUUGUUGGUCACUCUGUUCCAAGUGUGAAUGGCCGUCGUGAGGGCUGGUGUCGUGUUUGGUGGCUGUGAUCUGUGCGGUUUUGGUAUCCACAGGUAGAGUGUUGGCAGAUCGCGUCCGAAGAGAUCAUGCUCCAGGUCCACCCACCGUUUUUACCCUGGUGGGGCAUGCAUGGUUUGAAUUUGGGCAAUUUGGGAUGCUUGGUGGUACUCCCAGAAGUUCGGUAAGCCUAGCCCUCCUUUUUUGUGUGGGAUGUACAGAGUAAUACGUUUUAAAAAAAUAAUUAUUUUUUUAAAUAAUAUUAACACCUUCUAAAAUGAAAUCAAUUUGUUGACCAGCAAUUGUGCCUUCUUUUGUUAAAAUAUCUUUUACAGCCUGACAGCCUAUAUCAUGAAGUAUGAUUGUAUAUAGUGACUGGACAUCACAUGUCACUAAUAUAAAACUAGGUUUCCAUAUAAAAUUAUUUAAAAAAUGUAAAAGGGCCAUGGAGUCUUGAAGGUAAGAUCUCAUGAGUCUGACUGAAAGCUGUAAAAGAAUGUCUCUAUAUUGUGAGAGAUUACAUAAGAGAGAACCUAUGCCAGACACGAUUGGUCUUCCGGGAGGAGAAGUUUCAUUUUUAUGAAUUUUGGGGAGGAAGUAUAUAACAGGAGUAAUGGGAAAUUGAUUAUUUAGAAAUUUAAACUCAUGUUUAUUUAAAAUGCCUAAAUUUACACCUUUAUUUAAAAAUUGAGUUAAAACGAUUUGUAUUUGUUUGAUAGGGUCUGAUAAAAGUUUUUCGUACACAUUGGCAUCAUUUAGUUGUCUGUGUGCCUCCUCUAUAUACAUUUGGGUUGAUUGGAUGACUAUCCCUCCGCCCUUAUCUGCUGGUUUAAUGACAAUAAUUUCAUCGUUUUGAAGUUCUUUUAGUGCCAGUUUUUCUGAAUGGAGAAAAAUGAAGAAAUUCUUAUUCAAAAUUUGAUUUUAACCCAGCUGAUACCGUCUCAUAAUCAUAACAUAAUUACCACCUCCCUAAGAGAAAAAUCGACUUUUUAUCCUGCUCAUUUUAAAUCGGCUCCCCUUACUAUGUUUGAAAAACUAGUUACAAAAGAUUUAGAAAAAAUCAAAAAUAACAAAUAUGACCCCCACAACCUUACACAUUUAGAAAAACUGGCAAAAGUACCAGAGUGGGUCACAGCUCUGGCAAAUGUGAGUUUGCAUUCUAGUUUUUUAUAGUUUUAUCAUCUCCACUGUUGAAUAUAUUACACUAUUUGGCUCUCUAUUUAUCCCUUAUCUCUUGCAUGCGAGCAAGAUAAGGAGGAUAUCGAUAAGGACAAUUACUCUGGACCAAAUAUUAUUACUACAUACGACCUCAACAGACGCCUUGAGAUAAGACUCUCUUUUUAUCCAUUUAUUUUAUCUGGACUAUUUGUCUUACACUGAGUUUUAUUCAGCGCAGCCCUUACUUCUAUUUAAGUUUCAAGGGAUAUUUAUAAUAAGACUUAAAGGGACACUUUAGUCACCAGAACAACUACAGUGUAUUCUAUUUGUUUUGGUGAGUGUAAUAAUUUUCUUCAGGCUUUUUGCAGUAAACACUGUCUUUUCAGAGAAACGCAGUGUUUACAUUACAGCCUAGGGAUACCGCCACUGGCCACUCCUCAGAUGUCUACUAGGUGCUUACUGAGGCAGAGCUGCACAGUGUGCAGCAUUGACAUUCAGUGUCUCCACCCUCUGCAUGGAGAUGCAUUGAUCCAAUGCAUCUCUAUGAGGAGAUGCUGAUUGGCCAGAGCUGUGUUUGGCUUGUGCUGGCUCUGCCCCUGAUCUGCCUACUUGACAGUCUUUACCCAUCCAAUGGGAAGCACUGUGAUUGGCUCAGAGAAUCACUACUGAUGAUGUCAGCCAAGCAGGCAGAUCAGGGUCAGAGACAGCAGCUGUAGACAUGAUUAAAAGUAAGAUUUUACUAUAUUUUGUGGAGCAGGGGGGAUAGAUGGCGAUUUUAACACUAUAGGAUCAAGAAUAGAUGUUUGUGUUUCUUUAAUGCUGGGUCUGAUAGUCGAGCAUUAACCAACCUGAUGAAUGUAAAUAAAACAACCUUCCCUUUAAAAAAAAAAAAAAGCAAAAUUCAAAAUAAUUGAAUAAUUACUAUUUUCUGUUUUUAUUGCAGGAUUAGUUAGAGGAGAUACCCCAUUUCCUUUGCGUGUGCAUGGCAGAGUUCGCCAAACUAGGAACUCGAGUGCAUCUCGGCGCUGGUUCAAGAUUCAAACAAAUAGAAUAUCUUCACCACAUCAUCCAUAACAUGCUGGCUCUGAGCUGUUACACGACCCUACUUCUGGAGUCUGGAUAUGCCAACCUAACGGCGCCAAUUAGAGCGCUUCAUUCUAAUGACAAUACAUCUGAGUGUUUGUGCCAACAAAAGGCUAUCUUAUUUCAGAUGCAAAAAUUAUUAGCAAGUAUGAGAUGAAUGUUGUAACACUGAGAAUGGUAAGUCCUGGUAUUCAGAAAGAUACAGUAAUGUGCUGAGCCCUCCAUUUUAUUCUGCAAAAGAAGUCAGAGAGACCCCGAUAUGAGGGAUUUUUUGUACCAGCAGUUUAUAUGUCUCGUAUUUUCAACACUUUAGCUGUGCGUUUGUUUACCGAAAUUCCGUAAAUUGUCAGGAAAGCCUGGGGUUCCGUUCAGCGUCUUGACAUUGUUACACCAGUUAACGUGCUUUUACUUAUUCUUACAACUAGCAUUUCCAGCGUCUAUAAACUGGUCUGUAAUCUGUAAAACCAGGCCUGAUUGGGGAGAUUAUGGCUAAUGCGGAGUCCUGCUUGUGCUACUGUAUAUUAAUGAACUUAUAACUCUGUUCAAGUAACUCUGGCCCCCCAGAUGUUGCUGAACUACAACUCCCUGAUUCUUUGAAUUACAUAGAUAGCCAGAGAAUCAUGGGAGUUGUAAUUCAGCAACAUCUGGGGGGGUCAGAGUUUGAGGACCCCUGAGUUAACCCCACGGUAAAAUUUGUAGAAUAAAUCCCUGUUGCCCCAAGUUAGGGUUUCUGUUCCAGAUUUUUUAAUAUUAUUCCUGACCAGAUAUAGCUGGGUACUUGGUAGGAAACAUAGGAUGGAUUUAUUAUCCCAUCAAUUUAUACAGUAAAAUGUCAGAAUUCUGAUUAACAGUCGGUUUCAAAGCAUCUAGCGCAGUCGAUAUCUGAAAAAUAAAAUAGAAUAUUUCACUAGUAACCCUACAAAAUGAGCUGAAAAAAAUGACAGCAGGUAUUAGCAGAUGAAAUAUAUUUUAUAUUAAUAUAAAUUUAUAUAUAAAGUAGAAUUAGUCAGUUUUUAUUAGAUGAUAAUUUCCAGAAUUCACCAGAAAAUGUUCCUGGUUUUUUUCCUCUCUACAAGAAAAUUUUCAUUAUUUACUAAGAAAGUGAAAUGACUAAUUUCUGUGUUUAGAUAGUAGUAAUUUAUUAAUCAAAUUAUGUUAGUUCUAUUUUAUUGUUUUGUUUGAUAAAAUAGAAUGUGAUAAUUGCCCACCUUGUCUGAUCCCACAUUAACACACAGCUUUGUGAUCAGUAUUUACCGUUUAUCUUACCGUUUUACCGUUUACAUCGGUAAAGUACAAAUAAGGACAUUCACAAUGUUUUAUUGCCGUUUGUUUUACAUUUUUCUAGAUGUGUCUGAUUCGUGGAAGAUGGUUAAUGCAUUUAUCUCACUGUUUUACAAUAAUCAUUUGUUGAAUCUAAUCUGUACCAAUAGUUAUGUUUUCAAGGUGAUAAAAUACUGUAAUACUGUUAGACUAGUUUAAUAUUUGCCCAUUCCUUGGUAUUUGAUAAACAUCUAUUUAUAGUUUUGUUAGGUAGGCACAUUGAAGAAGCCUUUUGAUGUUUUAAAGUAUGAUAUUAUUUAAAAUGUUUAUAUUUGUUAAUAUUUUUGUUAAAUGCUGCAUUUAUAUAAUUUUAUACGCCUUUGUUUUAUACAUUUAUUCCAUACUUAAUAAACAGGAAAACAUUUGCUAUACCAAGUUUUUUUCCCC